UUGGGGAAUGGGAACUGUGUAUUUUACCUUUGAAAACGGCUUUUUUUAUUCAUGAUUUAUAUGCUGAACUGCACUUUGGCGCUUCUCCAGGAAGAUAUUAAUCCAUUAACCGCUUUUCAUCUUGCUUCAAAUCUGUGCCACAGCCUAAUUUUAGCUAAUCUCAGCCAACCAGCUUCUACAUAGCUACUCAAAUCACAAUUGUCUUUUUGCCAAACCAGGCUUAUCCCAGUAAUAACUGUGCCACUUGCACUCAGUGUUUGAGUCUAUGGCUGCAGAUGGCUACCACUGCUAAGCCCAAGAUAAUGCAUGAGUGAAACAUGCAUGCAGAAAAAGAGAGCAUAGCAGGCGGCAGAUUGUAGUGAGAGGAAAUGUAGCUUUUAUAAGUCACAUGGCCUCUACUCAGCCGAGUCUUGCUUGAUGCCAGAGGCUAUGAUUUUUAGUGCAAUCCUGCUCUCAGGACAAGAUGCUGUAGUAAGACAUGCUAAUGGCUCGAACAGCUGGUAUAAGGUUAUCUGUCUAAAGGUGAAACUCUCACAAUAAACUACAUGCAGAACAUGCACAAAAUUGUGAGUAAAAAAUACGUCAAUUCUGUUUUUAAGUCAUUGUUAAAUGUAUAGAAAAGACUACCAUUAGAGGAUCCAGGUUCAUAGCUCCAGACUGGAAAAAUUUAUCACAUACCUGUAUAUAUGUAUAUAACCUAUUUUUAAAAUUCAGACCUUUUUCUGUAAGUUUUUACCAAUUUUAACAAAGUUUUUACACAAAAUCAGUGGGGCAUUAAUUUUUAGGAAUUCAUGACAAACAACACCGGAAUUAAAUUUUUUGCAUCAUGUGACCAUUUUGACCUACCAUACCUUUUGAUUUUACACCCGGAAAUCCCGUGCUCUGUUUCUCGUUUGGAUACCUGAUAUGGCAUGAUAGCGCGAAUGGACGCACAGCAAGUAAGUGAAGGGAUGAAUAUCUGUGUGAAUGUAUGUUAAAGUUUACCGAUAGAGCUCUAAGUGUGAACUCUUGGUUACUCUAUCCAACAGAGAAGGAAGAAGGAGAAGUAGCGCUGUUUAGUGGCUAAAUAGCGACGCUGGCGCGGAGGGAAAUGUUGGGCGUGUAUGUAGGUGUGUAUGUGUGUGUUUGGCUCAAUGCGGUGCCCGCAGUCAGUGAGGACGUCGCUAAAGGACGUCACACCCAUUAAAUGUUGAAAUGGUGGUAAUAUUUCUAAUGUUAAAAUAAUAGUAAUAUUUACACAUGCAUUGACCAUUUUGACCAAUUUUAUUUCAGGGGGGAUGCCAUCCCCCUUCAUCCCCGCUUAACUCGAGAACUGGUUAUUUGUAAAUAUCUUUUUUUUUUUUUUUUUUACAAAAGUCACUCUACUUUUUUUGUCUUCCAACAAACAUAUAGAUAUGUUGCUACGGUGGCCGAGAACCGUCACUGCUGCGAAUAAAAAAGAAUGCAAAAAAUUAAAAAAUAAAAAGAAGCCACAACGGAACUAGAGGAUGCUAGUGUAUUGUUAGCUUCAGUUCAGCUUCAUAUCAACUCAGGCGCAACAUGGCCUAACCACAUUGAAAAGCACACAAAGUGAAAUUAAACAAUAACCUUUCCACUUACUUCUUUGCUCAUCUUCUCGCCGUCAUCUUCUGUGCCUAGAUCGUAAAACACCGGUGCGUCAUCAUUAUUGGUCCCUGGCUGCUCACUUCCGUUGUGGCUUUUUUUUUUUAAUUUGCAUCCUUUUAUUUUGACACAAGGUAACUAUUUUUUCCAUCACCACUUUUUUGGGGGGUCAUUAACUUCCCUUGUGGCUUUUUUAUCUGCACUGUUUCUUUUUUUGUUUGCAACGGGCUUCAGUUUCUUUUUUUGCAUCGGUAACUUCCGUUGCGACUUUGUUAAAUUUCUAAUUUUGCCAUGUGAUUUAAAAUUAGAAUUUCUAAAGCUGAAAUUUUUUUGCAUCAAAAUCAGACUUUGAAUUUCAAAACUAUCUAAUUGAAAAAAAAAAUCAGUGUAAAAGAGACAGACUCAACAUUCAAGUAACCAGGGAGAAGCAAUCGAUUGGAUUCAAUCUUCCACUGGGGUCGGUGCCAUAUAACCAGUCUAGCAUUAAUUGAUUGGUUGGACGAUUCUCCCUGGUUACCCUGAUGUUUAGUCUGUCUCUUUCACACUGAAUGAUUUGACACUGAAUUUUUUUUAUGUAGAUUUUUUUUUUUACAGUUUUUUUUAAGUCAAAUUUUUACUAAACAAAUAUUUUUGAGACCUUUUUCUUUUUUUACACUAUUUUUUUAUGUUGAAUUUUUAACACAGUUUUUAAGUAAAAUUUUUACUAAAUGAAUAUUUUUGAGAGACACUUUCAUUUUAUUUCAUCAUUGUAAAAAAAAUGUGUCAGAAAUAAAAAUGCAUGCUUGAAAUUCAAUGGUUUUAAAAUUCAAAGUCUGAUUUUGAUGCAAAAAAAAAUCAGCUUUAGAAAUUCAAAUUCAAAAUCAGAUGGCACUAAUUUACUUCCAUAAAAAGCUUCCUCCUGUUGAUAAAAACCACUAAAAGGGACAUUGUACAUGCGGAGAAGACUUUUUUCCAUACUCGACUCGUGCAGCUUUUGUCCAUCUGUGAUUUUUAGCCUUCAGAGGGCUAAAGCACCAUUAAAGUGUCUGUUUGGAUAACAUUUUUCUGGAACAGUUCAGUGCCUCAAGGCCACCAUACUCGGGCAGCGGCGCUGCAGCUCGCGCAGUGGGCGUGCGCACGCCCCGGAGUGAUGCUGCGCGCCCCCGCAUGCGAGUGUGAGUGUUUGUAUGUGUUUCAUUGAACUGGUGGGAGAGAAGAGAGGACCAGUGACUGUAGCUGAGGAGGCAAGUGCAAGGAGGCUCGUCUCGGAUGAGCAGGGACUCCACGUAAACAGACCCAGUGUCGCUCCGUCGCAGGGGACUGAAGACAGGGACGAGGCUUCGUGUUUGGUACCGACGAGGGAGGAGAUAAGGUGAGCGGAAUGAUACCGAGCCUCAUUAACACGUGCGGUGUAGCUUCUCAGUUUCUCUGACAGGAGUUUGUAGAGAGGGGAGCGUUGCGUUGAGGACGCUGCAAGGUUGUCAACAAGAAAACUGUUUUCUUUACAGCUUUGUUUUUUGCGUUGAGAUGAGGGGUUGUUUUCAGCUGAGGAAAACUGCAGCUUAGCCUCUCGCUUUUAGUCGUUAGACCUGGCAGGUGCAGGUGACUGUCACAUCAAGGUUUAAGUAGGAUGUAUGUGUUUCUCAGAGGAUGCUGUGAGAAAUCCCUGUCACUUGUUUUGAUAAGUGAACCUCUCAUGUGAUCUGCGUGCUUGUUCUAGAUGCUCACAUCAUACACAGAAGGUGAAGAUUGAAAGAUACAAUGACAAACAGAGCUAUUACAUUCUGUGUUUUCCCCCCCUGUGUUGAUGAAAAUGCAUCCCUCUCCCACAAAAUCCCUCGCGUCCUAAGCUGAUUUGCUCCCCACAUGUUUAAUUCCCUCCAUAUUUGCAUGACAACUCUGUCUCGUUUUGUCUGACCACUCGGUUUGCUUAGUCUCAUCUCCUCUCAUCAUCAUACUCAAUCUGAUUGUGACAGCCCCCUCUGAGACUCGCCACUUCCAUCCCAUGACAUUUCUAAUACGAGCCAAACAACUGCCCCACUGAAAAAAAAAAAGAGAAAACCCUCACAUUCCCACUCAAAUCCUCUGCUUACACCCCCCUCCCCUUCUUUUUCUCCCCCCUCCUCUGUCUCCUCUUGGUCAAAGCUUCGGUCAAGGGGGGAACUCACCAUCAUGCAACAACACAACACCCCCCACCCUUCCUUUCUCCAGACACUCACCCGUACAAACAUGUAGGGGCUGCCCACUUUCGCUGCUUGCUCAGAUAGACAAAUUAAUACAAUGCUAAUGACCCUAUGCUUUAUUGUCUGCUCUUACUGCUCAAUGAAAAGGCUGACACACUUUCUAGUAAUGUUUAUUCACAACAGGCAGACUAUCGUUAAUCUGUUUAAGAAGAUAACAAUAUCCCCCCAUCUUUGCCUUAUGGCUAGUUUGCAUUCACACAGAAACAGGCGGCAAAGUGUGUAACACCACCUCAGAUACCCAUAUCCUGGUUUGCUCUUGUGCCCCUUUUGCUUGUCUUUUUAGCCAUCUUGCUAAGUCAGGAAGUAGUUACAGCCUGGAGAUCUCUACUGCCAGGGCAUUUCAGGCUCAUUUGACCAACGUGGACAAGAUAGUGACCUAAAUUGUGCUGUCAUCUUUACUUUCACCCUCAGCACAAACGGCACUAGGAAGGAGAUUUGCAUAACUAAGGGAUUAUCAUGACACACGUUGGCCGGAGUUAUUGUGAAAGCACCAGUCAGUCACACACACAGACACACACACACAGACACACUGCUGACCUAAAACCAACCAGUGGCGGGCUGCUCCUGGCUGAGGGGGCUAUGGGAAAAGCUUGGGUGUCAGAGGGAAAAUGCCACUUAUUUCACCCCGUGGGCCGCAGAAACACGCAGACUAUUCUGCAGAGACCAGAUCAACGCUCCCUCUGUGAGCUGCCGUCUGUGGCUUUGUGAACCCCGCCAACCACAGGAUGAGACAAAGUGUCUCAUGGACAGACUGGGUUGUUGUGUGUCACUUGUUGGUGACAUCAUAUCUCAGAGGAACCGAUCUGAACCUGAGAGGCUUUCACUCUGUGAUUCAUUUCACCAAGGACGCGUUUCAUUGAUGUGGCACAAAUGUCUGUUUGAUAUAAUCAGAGAUGGAAAUACUUGACUGCCAAUGAAGUCGGAGCAGGAGACUUUCAGUCUACAGACUGCACAGGAGAAGCUGUUAGUUUGAAAUAGUUUGAUUUAAGGGCUGUUGAAAUGAUUAUUUUUUUACAUCAUGAAUAAUUGCAGAAUUUUUGUAGUUAAAAGCAUUGUGUCACAUUUUCAAGAUUCUAUUUUUUACAUUUAAAGAAUGUUUUUUGAGGAUUAUAUUGACAAUGUAAAGCAAUAGCAAUAGUGUCUUGAUGUUGGGAUUAGUGCAGUCUCCUUCCAGAUAUUUACCAAACUUUGCAGUUUGCUUCAGAUUUGUCUUCAGGUAGCUUGCUGACUGAUAUCACUCUCUGUAGCUGCACCUGUAUGCUUAGCUCAAACUCAAAAAGCCACACAGAUAUAUUUAACUCUGUUAUUUAAUUUAACUGUCAACUGAGCCAUCUGGGACUUUCACAUGGUAAAUUGCGCAACUCAAAAGUGGAGCGGUUUCAUCGGUUAGCAUUGUGGCAGUAGUGGGAAGCAGAAAGAUGCUGUGGCUUUUUAACUACAGUGUGCCAUAAGGGACAAAAUAGCAUGUGAUUCAGAAAAAGUAACGUACUAAGUUGGACCUCAAUCACAUUGUAAUUCAUGCAGGCCAUGUUGAUUUGCAUUAUUUGAUCAAUAAGUCAUUGAUUUUGCAUCUGGUUUAAUCAAAACUAUCAACUUUGAUUUAUUUGGUCAAUGAAUGAGAAUUCUUCAUUAUUUUUGUUAAGUGUUUCUCACAUCAAGGACAAAAAGUAGUAUUUGCUUGUGGAAAAUCACACAACUGAAACUCUAUUAUUGGUUUUAGCUAUAGAUAACACAAUGAGACAGUUUGUAAGAAGUCAACAGUUUAGAGAGCUUGUUGUUAGUCGUUCCACUAAAUACUGUGAGAGAAAAACUGCGGAUUUUACUGUAGAGCGAAGUUGAAUCAAAGUCUGAGCUGGCCUAACACUUGUAUGAUAAUCUGUGUUUCUGCUCUGUCUGACUUCUCCGACUGAUCCUAUUGUCUCGGCCCCAGCUUUAACACCAAGUGCAAAGUUAUUAUAUUGGCUUCACAUUACAACCAGAAGCACUUUACCCAGGGUGAAGUAUACCACAAUUAUCCUUUUAUAAAGUGCAAGAAUAAUUUUUCUUUCGUUGAGAGUGGCACAGAGACUAUCAGAGGUCACUUCAGCUGAUAUACUGAACCACUGAGCGUGUUCCUCAGACACGUGUGCUCUUCCUGAGGGUAGACAAACCCGGCAGCCGCUGUGAUUAGGAGUGCUGUGCUGCUCAGCUGUGAUGAGGCUGGAUCUCUGGGGACCUAUGGAGGCCCUGUCCAUGCCUAUCCAUUAGUGUCACUGUGUUGUAGGUGUCUUUCCCAGUGGGACAGUCACACACGUCAGCACAGCACACUGUCAUAGCCAGGACCUCCUUGUCAGAGGCAUGUUCAUCUUGUUUUGGGACUGAUGAGCCUCUCAUUAGACCACCUCAAAGGGAAUGAUGUGUCCCGCCCUUACUUGUUCCUGCGUCACGGCUGCUUGAACAUCAGCCUUUGUUGUCAUUUGGAUAAACGCAUGCAGAGGCAAAUGAGAACAUGCAAAGAAGGACAUAUGUGUUCAUGACACACACGCACACACACAUAUAUAUACACACACUGGUUUCACUUCCUCUCCCUGUGAGCAGGUCUGGAUGGUCGCAAGCUGGCGGGUGCAAUUAGAGUUUCACACUCAGUUAGGCAGGAGCUCUAAUGGGGAUCGACACGUUCCUGCGAAUCCACUCAAUGCAGCUGCAACUGUUGCUGUUUACAUAGCAGACCUCUAUAAUAUUAUCAGGAGUGGAAAGUGACAGGUGAGGAAGGAAAUUUAGGUGAUUUAUUUGUUGCCGGGAGGGUUGAGUUGGACUGAUCGCUCAAAUAAUUAGAUAAACAGGCGUGAAGUUAGUCUUUUUCCUGUUGUGUCUCCUGAAGGAAUACAGCUGCAGUGUCAUAUACGAGGUAAUUGCCUUGUGUUUAGCUGAUAAACGAUCAUUCAAAAGUAGGAACUUAAGAGCUGAUAAUGACAUAGCUGUGUAUGUAAUUUAUCAAGCAAAGACUGGAAUAUUGGGAUAUUUCUAUCUUAAUUGACCUUCUUGUCUGUUCAACAAAUCAAAGAUUCUGACGACAUUACCUCUGGUUCUGAGAAAACGGGGAUCUUUUUUUAAAUGAUUUUGACAUUUGAUAGUCUGAUUCAGUCAAAGUAAUUAACAAAAACAUGAACUUAAAAGAAAAACUGGUCCACAAUCAGUGAUACAGACAAAAUGUCGUUAUCUUAAGCUUCAUUUUAUCCUUAGUAGACCUGAAGGAUAUAACACUUCCAACACUCAACAACUGGAAAGUUAAAAUUGACCCACUGAUGUCCCGAGACCCCUUGUAAAUGUGGCAACAUGAACACUUUUGAGGAGUUUCCGUUAAGUUGCAUCGUCAGUAUCAGUGUGCUGUGCUACUGUGUGUGACUGCCCCACUGGAGGAGACACUAACACCGCAGUGACACUAAUGGAUAGGCAUGGACAGGCCUCCAAAGGCCCCCAGAGAUUCAGCCCCAUCACAGCUGAGCAGCACAGCACUCCUAUUCACGACGGCUGCCGGGUUUGUCUCUCUGUUUCUUGGGUCCUGCAUGAAUCAAAGUAUUGUUCCCUGUCAUGGUUGGACAUGAGACUUGUCUCAGUAGGUCUACCUGAGUACACCCUUAUGUCCCAGCUGUGGUGAUUCACACACUCCAAAAAUAGUGAUCUGCCAGCUUUUGUGGUGCGUCAGCCUCAUCAGCUGCACCUCUAUGCGUAGCUCAUGGGAACUCAAAUUACCAAACUCAACUCAAAGUACUCAGCACUUUGGGGAUAUUUUGAUUUUCCUUGAGCUAAGUGUGUAUUACUUCUAACUUGUCUGCUGACCUGUCUGGGAGAUUUUUUUUUAAAGCAAUUGUGUCUUAAACCAGCUUGUGAGCCAGGGGCAAAAAACAAUAGGCCGUUCUGCUUUGCUGGUAGAACAGAUAAACGAGUAAGGAGAGCGUAUUAUGCUGAUGCAGGCAUUUUAGAGAGUCUCGCGUUUUCUCACAAGGUGCUGUUUUGAACAGUUUACAUCCAUUUUCUAAGAUUAUGACAACACGUUUACCUUGUGAUAUGAAACUUUGCAUAUAUCCAGAAUGGACUCCAAACAUGUAACUUUGUAGCCUGGCUGGGCCAUCCUGUUACGUGAAUCACUUGCCGUUCCUUCCCACAACAGUCUGGACUUCGGCCCAUUGGGAGCGUGUAUUCCCGAUCAGAAAAUAAUCGGGCCAAUCAGAGACAACAGGGAAAGGCAGCCCCUGAUUGGUCCAUGUGUCGAUUGUGACGUCUAACACAUGCUGCAGGACUUUUCAAAGCGCCGUUCAUUCAGAAUGGCGCUAAUUCUGCAGUUGACUUUGCAAAGUCGGCAGAAAUCGUUUAUAUCCGACGUCUUCUGCGGAUAUAAACGUUUUCUGUUGUGAGUAGGAACGGCAAGUGAUUCACGCAACAGGAUGGCCCAGCCAGGCUAGUAACUGCAGUUUUUGUUGUAAAUGUGGAAAUUCACAUUUUCAUUAUUUUGGGACUCCCCAAACCACAUCACGAGUCCUGAUUAAUCAUCAGAUAAAUCCUUGAUGAACAUUUUUUUUUCUUUCUUAAAUGUUUUUGUUACAGACAUUGCAUUGUAUACAUUUGGUGUGCUGUAAUGCGACUCUAGGUUUGGUGUUAUUUACAGCAGGUAAUGUGGACAGAUGGUAUUGAGUAGCAGUCAGUGCUGAUGCCCUUUGAACGGCCGGCUGUGACCAAAUCAUUCCUGCAGAGCUCCACACCAUGACAGUCAUCAAGCUCAAUCACUCACUGUUGCCUAGGGAACGCGACUAUUACGGCCCAUGUCAGAUUAUUACACCCCUUAUAGAGAACAAAGCAUUUAGAGAUGCUCUUUUCUGUCCAAACCAACUACCAGGGAGUGAUGGUAAAACGGCCCCUUUUUUGAAGUGGGAGGUUGGGAUAAUGGAGCCUAAUGUUAUGGGUUUAAUGUUCCCUCCCUACCCCCAGUAGAGCGGCUGACAGGUUAACUCGCUCCACGUAACACCAGAUCUGACUCCCAGUCAACCCGCAUUUCAGAGACGAGAUACAAACAAAUGAAGAUGAGCCUUGAGAUGUGCACUCAGUGAGCGUUUUCUGAAUCUUUCUAAGAUGAUCUGAAGUGGAGGGAGGGAAAGGAAAAGUGGGAGUGUUGAGAGGCUUUCAGGGUCUGGGUGAGUGAGGGGGGGUGGGGGGUACCUCAGUUGACGCUGAGAAGGGGCAGAGGGAACAAAGGGGGUCUGUUUUCUCUGUCCGUACUGGCGGGGUGGCUGUUCUCGUCUCCUUUUUUCGCGGUACAGGGGGGCGAUGCAGGGUUAUGCCGAAGGAGAUCCACAAAAGAAGCCUGGGUGUUUGAGUUUCUGUUUGAGCACACAGUUGUUCCUGCUGAAGAGGGCAAGGGAGGCAGUUCUUGCUUCCACACAAGUACCCCCGGGCCUGUUGAAGCUUUGGCCAACUUUGGAUGGGCAGCAGAUGUUGGAGGGGUGGUUUGUGGCCCAGUGGCAGCACAUUACAAGGACCACUGCUUCCCCAUCCUGUCCUGAAAACAACAGGAGGUGGGCAGUGCUCCACCAGCAGGGUGUAGGCUGGCCAAAAUUAAAGAGAAUUCAGGAAGAGUGCACACUUGAAUGCUUUUUAUUCUGUUUCAAGCUUCCAUCUUCCUCCUAUUUGCAUAGAGCUUAAGUAAAAACUCAGCCUCACAUCCCACUUUCUGUUGGCACAGUGAUGCAGCCCACUUGUGAUGUCUAAUAGCUUGACAAAUACAUCUCCACAGCUCUUAUUCUGCUCAAAACAUCCAAGAUAUAAAGACUGAGCCCUGCCAAGAAUUCCACCACAAGCCUCCACACUCUUACCAGCCUGUUGUUGAGGUGGGGGUCUGCAGAGAUGAGCAAUACGAAGGCAUAGAUUAUCUUUGUUGCCCAAGCACAUGAUGCAACAGUGAUUGAAUCAACAGGAAAGAUGGGGACACGUAGCUGUCAGCACAUGAAUAAAGUUGACAUGAAAACACAAAGUGGCUUUGCUAUGGUUCAGGAGGCUCUGACCUCGAGGUCUUAUUUAGGCCAGGCUUUCUAAUGCCCUUACCCUCUGCCCCACCCUCUACCCCCUCCCCAACCAAGGGUAAGACACCAUGUUAGCAGCUCAGCAGCCACCACUGAAGGGUCCUUAAUCCAAGUGGGAUGACAGCUUGGCUCUGGAUGCUGUUUCUGUGGCGCUGAAACCAAUGGGCUUUUCUUUGCCUCUUUUUCAUCCCUUAAACCCCCCAAACGCAGCCACAGGAAUCCUGGGAAAAAAAAUUCUCUCUGGGGAGACAAAGAAAUGGGAUGGUAAACAAAUCCAAGUGUAGAUCUGAGAUUCCUUCAUUCAUUGGGAGAUAAAUGUGCAUGUCCUUUGAGAAAUCAAAGGCACAGAAUACAAUAUGACCUCAACUGCUUUGUGUAUUUUUUUUUGUCCCGGUGCCACGUGUUGUGCUAGAAACAUAAUCUAAACCCAGAUCAUCUUUGUCCAGGCUUCAAAAUGAUUAGGGAAGAUUAAGGUCAGAAAACCAUUAGAAUCAUAAAAAUUUGCUCUCAAACCAAAUCUCUUUUCCUCCCCUCUCCACCAAUCAGUCGUGCCACUUUGGGAUCACAUGUGUGUGGAGGUUCAAACAGGCCAGUGGUUCCCAUUAAUACAACAAUGAGCAUCGGGCGUGUUUACCAGUAGACUGAGUCACUCUGCCAGGCAGCCUCAGCAAAUUCUGUUUUUUUCCAGGGUGAUGAUGCGGACAUGCUGAUGUGAGGCUAACAGUGAAACUGUCAGAACAAUGUUGUUUACUCAAAAACAUGGAGGGGGAUGUUAAGCCUCUUUAUUUUGUACUCAAAGUCUUAAGUUUCUGCAUCUUCUUGUGAUCUGCUAGUGGGUCCAUGAUAAGCCAUUUUUCAAUAACUAAAUGAGAAUAUGGAAUUUUUGUUGGCUAUUCUGAUUUUCUUGGUUUUAUGGCAUUCUUUAUCCUUUUGACAUUAGGGCAAAUGAUUACCAAACAUUUUUCCAACAUUAAUACCAACAAAAACGAGCUGUUGUGAUAACAAUACCAGUAUUAGGGGUGGGAAACACUAGUGGCGCCAUGAUACAAUAUUAUCACGAUACUUGGGCCACGAUAUUUUGCGAUACAGUGAGUAUUGUGAUACAUGAUAUUGCAAUUUAUACAAUUUUUUCAACUGGCUAAUUUAGUAUUUGUCUUUCCUUUAUGUUUGUCUUAUUUACACAGUAUUUUGUUUUCAUGUAGCACAUCUUGCACACCCUACAUAUAUUUGCUGUACUAACUUUCUCUUGCUCUAUAAUGUCACCUCUGCCAGCCUCACUGGACAAACAGUUGAUUUUAUUUUUCCAUUAUCGUAGAUUUGACUUCAUAUUAACAAUUAAUUUGAAGAAAUCGAUACUUGGUAAAUGAGACGAUACGAUAUGACACCAGACAAAAUAUUGUGAUAGUAUGCUGUAUUGAUUUUUUUCUCCCACCCCAAACCAGCAUUGGUGUUGGAUCUCAGUUGAAUACAGCACCUGAUUUUAGUGAGUGUGCCAGUCAAUGCAUCAAUGAUUAAAUGUGUAUUAAUACAGAGUGCCUUCAGUUUCAUCAAUUGUUAAAUAGGGUUUGAUGUGAUUUGAUCUUUUUUUGACAUAAAGCACAUUUGGGAAAAUUGUAUUUGACAUGUAUUAAUUUUCCAGUCUGACCCUCGAUAUAUCUGUUAUAAUGGAGGUUGUAUGGCGUGUACUGCAACCAGUCACCAGGGGGAGCUUUAAUGGUUUUUCUUCCCUUUUGGGGGAUCUGUUGUACUGUCCAUAUUUUGGAUGGUCUAUGGCUUCAACCAAAUACUGUGACCCCACUAUAAGCCUGGAAAAAAUUAACUGAUUUUGGGUAAUAUAUGAUAUAAUGAAAACAAACAGUUAGCAAAGAGUACAAUGCUGGAUAAAAAGCAAUCAAAAUGUCAACAGUUGUAAUGUAGCCAUAGUUUCAGCUUCUUGCUGUAAUUCAGAGUUAAGGUUUUUUUUUCCCCUCCAGUAACAAAACCAAGAGAACCCAAGAGAUUUCACCAUCAACUGCAUGUUGUGGAUAUAAUUUUUCAGCAUCUAUGAGAAGAAAAUUGCCUCCAAAUUAUAUUUAUUAUGAAAAAACCCAAGGACAUCCACCAUGGGGUUGACAGUGCGAAGGCCUUGUGCCAGAGCAAUUUAAAAUCAACAGAAAAGCAAUCAGUUUAAUCUCCUUGUGGUCAGUCUUUUACUUUCUCAGCACUGGGUGUCUUUAGGAGCCGGGAGAAUGUAGUUGUCGCUGAGAAUUCCUCGCUGGGGGCUAGCCGAGCCCAGCUGUGAGCAGAGGGGAGGGUGGACAAAUGGCAACUACAUUUAUCAGGAUCUCCUCUGAGGCUGGCUGGCCUGAUAACCCAAUCAAAUGUCUAGUGUGGCUGAGAGCUGUCUGGGCCAAUGUGGUGCUCUUUCAGCCCAGUGUUUGUCUCUCUCUCUCUGUGUGGAAAUAUCAAUGAGUCUUUGUCGCUGUGUGCCAUGGUUUAUAGCCAAAGCCCUUUCGCAGUGUCUCAAAGUAAAAAGUGACACCAUAAUCUUUAAGUAUGAAGACUUUUUUUUGCAGUAGAAAUGUUUUUUUCAAGACUUACCUCACAAGUGCACCAUUGUGUAUCUUCUGAUGAAUGGUAUUCCUUAUAUUGGUUUUAAGUUGGUAUUGUCCUGGCAGCGGCUGAAAAGACUCGAGUUUGAAGGAGACCUAAUGCCCGGGUCUUCAAGGUUGGCUGGUUUUGGGCCUCUCGGGGCUUGACUCACAAUGACGGUAUCUCUGUAUGAGCGGAGCCAUGGUGGACAUGUUACUCAAAGGGGUUACUGCGUGACAGAGAGCACGCCUCCACAGAUCAGUGAGGAGAAAAUAGGGCAUUUUAACUCACUAGUCGUUUGUGAUGUGUCACUGAGGUGGAAUUCAUGCAGCUGCUGGUUUUGAAGUUAGCAUCUUGAUUGUAGUUGACAUUUCAGAGUUUGCAGAGGGCUCAGCUUGGAGCCAAAGGGCAGUCUUUAGAUGUUCACCAAAGCUUCCAUUAAGUGUGAUUGGUGUGGAAAAAUAGAUAAAAAUGUCAAAGUACUUACUCCUAUGUUAUGCUCAUUUGGUCGGCUAUCUGAAGCUUCACUAAAUUGCACAUCUGAGGCUUUUACAUAAUUGUUAAAACCGCUAUCUCAGUCAAAAUCUCCUUUCCCCUUGAUUAGAUGGUAAUGAUUAAAAAUGUAGUUUAAUAUCUGAAGCCAGCCUCAGAGAUCAUAUGCACAGCGCUUAUAGUAUUUUAAAACCUGCUUUAUAAUCUCAGCUCGUAGCCAUGUGAUUUAAAUAAAGGAGCAGUCACUGCCCUGGAAGCAGAUUAUACACUGAUCUCUAACACAGCCUGUCUCUGCCCCUUUCUAUUCCUUUGAUUAUUUCCUCCUCUAUCUUACACUUUCUCCACUGUAUCAUUCCCAGAGUAUAUUUCUUAUCUACAUUUGAUGAAUAUUUGCAAAGCCACGGCCAAGAGUAAGUAAAGAUUCUAAAAAACGAAUGAAUCCCUCUGCUUUGGUGAUGUUCACAUAGCCUAGUGCAGAAGUACAGUCAGUUUAAAGCAUUUAUAGAAGUGGUGUCUUCUUAAAUAUGUAGUAGGAUGAAAAGCAGUUCAUUUUACACAAUAACUUUUAAUUCCUGUGUGUUCCAGUGUAAGCUUUAUUUUGCUGUUUCUGUCAUGUCAGACCUUGGUAGCAACAUUUUGACCAAAUGUUUGGUGAAAUGUUGAGGCUAUACCCUGUUAACUCGUGUUUUUUUUGUCUUUUAAUAACCCCCAGCUAACUUAAGUUGCAUAGUUGUUGCCAUAGUUACAUUAGCAAGAGCAGCAGGGUGAAAAUGUUGAGUAUUUUCUAUACAAAAAAGGUUUUAAUGCAGUAUCUUUAAAUGCAAUCCUUAAAUUUACCCUCUCAAACCUUUUAUCACUACCAAAGACAGGGUUUAGCUUCAAGUUAUCUGUUUUUGUACAAUAUCAAUAUAAAGACGUUCUAUGACACACUAUUACUUAGGUUUAGGUUGUUAAAAUUCUUUGUACAAACAUUUUUAUGCUGUUUUAUCCAAGUGUAAAGCCUGGGGGCAAACUGGUAACACUAAUUACAGCUAUGCAUAUUUUAUGAAUUUACAUUUUUCCAUGUUUUCCAACUUUAUCUUCAAAUGUAGAUGUUCACCAACAGAGUUUGACUCAAAUCAACUGCAAGGAGGUCGCACUGAUUGGAUUUUCCACGGUCAUCUGUAGUGAAAAAAUCUAAUUAAGCCUUGAGCGUCCCAAGUCAAACUCCCCGGGAUUACCCUGGCCCUGCACCCAAAACCAGACCCUGGGAGAGAGUGAUAACUAGACUCCCAUAAUCUGGAGCAAAGGCACAGUGGAGUGAAGGGGGUUGAUGAUGAAACCGUUGCAAAACCAGAUCUCUACCAAACCCAACUAGGAUAGCUGACGUCAGCACAGGUUUGGCAGUAUUUCUGUCACGUCAUUUUGGAAGAGGUAACAAAUCAAGUUGAAAUUAAACAUCGCAGUUUGAGAUUUACCGAAGCAGACUCUGUGUCUCAGCGUUCAAGACCCCAGGAAACAGUGGAAUAGCUUCCGUAAAGUUGGUGUGUUUUGGCGAGAUAAAGAUAGAAAAAACUGAUUUCAUGCAGAGUUUCAUCCGCAUUUCUUACAAUCCCCCUACACUUUGAAGUUAAAUUAGAAGUGUGUCUGUAUGGUUGGGAAAGACAGACAGAUUAGAGAACAGAAAACACAUUUUGAAGGAGUAUUCAACCCCCCCCGCCUCCUCCUCCUCAAAUCUGCCUUACACCAAACAAAAGCCUUCUAAAGUAUCCUUUCCUUUGCCUCAAGUUAAGGAUGUGGGUCGGACAUACGCUUUGACUUUAGGGUUUACUUUUUGGCUUCUCCUUUUGUUUUUGAGCCCAUUGAGUGAAAAUACAUGUUUACUGCUGUCAUUGCUUUUUAACAGACCUUGAAAGAGUCCAUUUGACUGGAGAAUCACUCACAACAGGAGACCACUAUUGAUCAGGUGAUUGCUUUAAGGAAGUAGGGUUUAAGGGAAGAAGAGGUGAGGGAGGGUGAGGGGUCAGGAUGGGGUGAGAGACAGGGAAGAGCCAGGAACCAGGACAUGCUCUCUGUCUCGCACCAGGAUGCAGCCAAGUCUGAGAUAUGGCUUUAUUUUCUUUUGAUCCUCGGAACAAAGCACCUGCUGGAGGCCUGAGGAUAUCUCCUCUCCCUAUGUGCCCUUCCCCAUGUCUCCAAGGUAUCACCAACCUGUGCCCAUCUGGAUCUGGGUUUAAUGUUGACUGUGUGAGCAACUGAACUUGGACAAUAGCCUCUUUUCUGUAACACUACAAAAGUUUAAGAGUUCCUUGUCAUCGCUUCUUGAUCUCUCGCGGGAUUCGAUUGUUUGUGAGAUGUUUUUCUCUGUCUAGCAUCAAAGCGCAGCCAGACGGAAAGCUGAAUAUGCUCUUUUGGCUUCAAAACAAAAGCCCCCGAAUUUGUUUCACUCGCUCUGUUUAUCUAAGCUGUGAUUCAGCCGGAAUGGGACUUAGGAUAUGAAUUUCGAGUAGAAGCAGAGCGUUGGCAGCAGAGGCAAGGCCCUUGUCCUUGACAGCCCUGUUGAAUUUUUCCCUUCCAAAUGGCUGGUUUAGAAAAUGAAAAGAGGAGUCUUGAAAAAAAAAACCUACAAGUAAUCUAAUCCUCCGCUAUGACGGCGGUCCAUUUUCACCUAUAUUGUCUUGUGAGACCAUCCUUUUUCCUCCCUGUGACUCAUAUUGUGUGGAAUUGAAGCAUAAUGGACUAGGUGUCCACAGAGAGAGAAGAAUCCACCCGGGACAGCUACUCAUAGCACUUCAGUUUGAUUGACAUAGCUCUCCUCUUUUCACAUCAGACAUGGUAAAACGUAUGAAAGUGGCUCUUUUACAUAACAUUGGAGAAUUGCAUGCCUAACCUCUUUCAUUCAGCGAUGGGCCUCUGUGAAUUCAAUCUGGAGCAACCUCAACAUAUCUGUGUUUUGUGAUGCUAAAAUUAGUAGAAUCUGAGGCAUGUGCUUGAUAUGGUAAUAAGGCAAGAAAACUGUGUUUGAGUUUCAGCUUUUCAAUUGAACAUGGCAGAAUUGGAUUUUAAAAUUUGACUCGUUGUUUUGCAACAGUUCCCACAAUUUAACCAUUUUACUCAGAUACUUCACACAGCCGUGGCGGAAAUUACAGCAACAUCUAUGAUUUUCUUUUUUUUCUAAAGUUUCCAACUACCCAUGCUGAAUUUGGGUGAAAUCCUGAGCACCCAGAAAUAAACUGAGCUAACAGAAGUGAAAGUUCUGCUACCAGGUCUUCGCCGGUCCUCCAUUUUUAGUCUGAAUUUUUUGUCUUUUAUAUAAGUUAAAAAGAUCUAAAUGCACUGAUUGCUAACAUCCUGUCAAAUCUGGGGAAAUUUUGAGUUGAUCUCAAUCAUGAAUUUUUGUUAGCCCAACAUUAUGAACACAUAUGAGGAUCAAUUUUCUCUUCUACGUAUAUCUGCUUCUAUCGGUACGAAACUGACCUAAGCAUUCUGCACAUGCUCUACAGGUUUGCAUGCCGUGUUUUGAUUUGGAAGUUGAAUAUCAUAAAUGCAUUGCUAUUUGAUUCUUCACCAGUCCUGGUAAACCGGGUCAAGGACAGUAGUCAAGUUAAGUCACCCAAUCAAGCUAUAACCAGGGAUGUAUUGGUCUAAUAUUGAUAUCAGAUAUCGGUCCAAUAUCGGCAAAAAGAAUAUCGGAUUAUAUUGGCCUGCAUCUAAAAUCUUCGAUAUCAACACUCCAAUACUAGAAGUCCACUCCAGACUCCACUCCAGCACCUCUAGCUAGCAGCACCCAGAUCCAAUAUGCAGAGCCCACAUGAUCACAACAACAGUGUGUACUCAGGUACGAACAAAGCAGCAAGGAGUAGGAGUGAUGUCGGCCGUGUGGCAGUAUUUUUUGUUAAAAUCCAAAAAAGACGUUGCAGCUGAGUACAAAACUUUUCAAGUUUGUGUCAAUACAGGAUCAAUAUCGGUGUCGGCCAAUCCUGAUGACUACAAUAUCGGUAUCUUGUUAGAGUAAAAAGGUUGUAUCGACCACCCCUAAAGGUAUCCGUACAGUACAAGUUGAGCUUAAUGUGUAGUUUAGUUAACUCCUUGAUGGUGGCACAUCAUCAUUGCUCUGAUUGGUCUGUUAUGAAUUUUGCUGACAAAACAAUCAUCCAGUCACCCACACAGUGUUUCUAUUGUUUGUUUGUUUUUUAAGGAUCUGAGCUCUUCCUGAACACUGUCUGUGGGGUGUUGCCCAGUUAAAUGGGACAUAUACUCCAUGCCAUUGAUAAGAGAAACAGUCUCGCUUGUUUAUUAGUUUACAUAGAUAAGGAUUACAUUAGAGACAACAUAUGUCAAAUUAAUCUCCCUCUGGCGGAUCUAAAUAGCCUCUGUUUUAUAGAUCCAUGAAGUUUCUCCUUUGUUUCCUCUUCCCUCUCAGAGCUGAGCUUUUUGGUGAAAGACUAACACAACAAAGAACAAUAAGUGCAGCCAGACAUCUCACAGAAAAGCGCAUUGUGCUGUAUGAGCUGUGAUCGUGUUGGUAAAUGUGACAUAAAUGAACACUUCUGCGACACUAAAACGUUUUUCUCACACAGCAGCAGCUCUCAGCUGUGCAGAGUGCUGCUCUAAAUGUUUAAUGGAGAGGCAGGAGAUGAGGGGCAUCCUCUGUCUCUAUGUCUCCGUCUGCAGAGUGUCUCAUUCCCACCUGGCCGGGCUCCAGUGCUCACUGCAGCAGUCUGACCCACUACGCUGCUGCAUUGAGACCGGAUACAAAGCCUCAUUGGAGACUUUUUAGCUCCAUUGAAGUUAUGCGGUGUAUUGACUAGCUUUGCAGCACCAGCUUCUGUUCUCAAACUUGGACGGACUUAAAAGUUCCUCUGUUAUUUUUUUCUUGUGCUCUUUUAUUUCGUUUCCAUGCUUGGCCUUUUUCACAACAUUAGUGUCAGAGUUUGCAGCAUGCAGGUCGUUUGCCCGACUCCCACCAGCCCUGUGUCACAGUCAAAGUCUCAACAUUCAGGGACAUGCCAUGGCUGUCCUUCAACGGCUCUUUCACUGCUGCUUGGUGACAAUGCAUUUUUUCCAUGCCAUAAAGCAGAUGCUGUAUUAUAGCCGCACAAUACUGAAACUGUUUACCAUGUGAAAGGCUCACCGGGAUCAGGAUGCCUACCGCUGUGUGGGGCUUUUUGACUUGCCACUCUAUAAUGAGAGCGCACUGGAAGGAAAAGAAACAGGCAGCUUUAACUGGCAUUGUGAUCAGUGCGUGGAGAGAGGAAACACAGAAUAAAGUGCUGAACCAGACUAUUCUUCUGAGGGCAGGAGUUUUUAUAAGACUUACGAGAAUACAGAGAUUACUGUGACAUCCAAUGAGCUUGUCAGCAGCUUCACCAAAAACUGAUAAAUAGGCAGGAAACUUGCAGUUUAAGCAAUUGUCCAACUGAAAAAAAGCUUAUCCUUUGAACGAUUUGAUGCUGUAAAAAUAUAUAUUUUAUCUUUUCACAUGCCAGAAAUCCUUGUAGUGAGUAGUUCAGUACAGCUGUGGCAGGUGUCCUCUCGAUGAGGACGCCGAUCUCUUAAGGCCUCUUUCUCUUAAAGUCAACAAGAGAGUCACAAAAAAAGUGAAGUGAAAACAGCUUGACUACAAAGGCUUAGAAAAGCCCUGAGGUUGAAAAAUUAGCUGUCUUUGUGUGGCUAGUAACCUGUCUCUUCAUGUCUCGCUGUUUGUUGUCGGCGAGUUGAAGAGGCUCCUGUUGCUUUGAAUUGUCCGCCCUCAGGGUUUCUUGCUUGCCUUUUAUAAAAAAUAAAACAACUGAACAAGGUUGAAUCAGCACUAGUGUUGGACUUACUGCUUGUUUGUCUUUAAAGCUCUUAGUCACUAAUUGAGUACUUAGGCGGAGAGGGACCUUGGCUGGCCAGUCACCCUUUUACACCUCAGACUUGAUUUCAGACUCUUGAAGGACCUCCUGGAGACAGACAGCACUCAGAUCCCCUCCUGAAGCUAAGGUCUCCUCGGCUCCCCAGAACCACUCCAAGGGCUUAUCCUUCCUAACAAGAGCUCCCCAAGGUCUGUGGUCCUCAACUGGUCAUCAGUCAAGUCAAGGACACACAUCUAUCAAGUCAAGAGCCCCGAGGAAUAAAAGCAGCAGCACACACAUAAAAGCCCAGACAGGGACACUUUUAAGUAUAUUAACCCGACUCUUAACCCACUGCAGAAGAAGGAUGGCACUAUGGGAAAUAAGGAAGUGACUGGUGGUGUAUAAACCAAUUGUAUAAUUUGAUUUCCGCCUGCAGCUCAGCAGUCGGAUGAAUGUAUAUCUAAACUCAAAGAGAAAACAGCGCUAUUGGCUGUAGUUAAAGCAAAGCUGUGCAUCAGUAUUUUUUCUAGUGAGUGCAGUUGUUACAGCACACACCAGAACUACUAAUCUGUUAAACAAAUCAAUGUUUUAAGGGUGUAGGCCUUAAAUUUCAAUCAAGUACUGUGUUUUAUCUGUUGUGUAGCCGUCCAGAGCUACGGCACUGUUUGACCCCCAGUUUCCACCGCAUCCGGAACGGCUACCAAAAGGCCGUAUACACUGAUCGCAGCUGAUCGUAACCAUUCAAGUUAACGCGUCAAUUUCCACUGGCUUCUUUCUGUUCCACUGCGGAACAGCGGAUUCCGCAGCUGAUCGCAAGAGUUCUAUUUUUUUCCAGACGCCGCAGCAUAAAUUCCACAUAGAUCAGUCUGUUCUGGAAAGGAAAUCAGGCACAGACACAAAAUAAAACAUCCAGCUUCUUUUCAAAAUAAAACACUACAUGUUUCAGGUGGACCGUAUUUCACACCAGACAAACAGGCGGGGAUGAACAGGGGGAAGGUUUUUCGACAGCAUUUCACCCUGUUGACACCAUGGAUGAGGAGAUGCUGAUUCUAGAAGUCAAGAAAUGGAUUUCCUCCUCUGGACGGACACAAUCUACAGCUUAUAUGGUUUUGUGGCUGUCUUUAUAGAGACAACUUGUUGUCUCACGAUUGCACGUGAAUCCACAGGUUCUUGUAAGUUCUCACGAUGUCCGCUGUCUGUUAUCCACCACGAAAUUCGGCUCACAAACGGAUCUGAUAGGAAUUGGCGAACAGCGAAAAUCGCUGCAGUUCCGGAUCGUAGCCAUUCCGGAUGCGGUGGAAAUUAGGGGUAACUGUCAUAACGCCAUAAUGCUCAACUACCUGGAUGUAAACAAGCAUAGAUGACAGAUCACAUGGCAUUGCAGUAUUUCAAUCUGGAAAAUGGAACCACUUAAAUUACUGACUUGAGCAGUUUGUAAGCAGAAAAUCAGCCAGAUUCAGAAUACUUUACCUCAGGGGAAACUACGGUAGAGGACCAAAAGCAUGCGGUGCUACUUAACCUGAGGGUGUUGUCAUUGAGAGAUGACUUAUGUUUUCUGCAGCUUCCACAUGAGCAUGCUGAAACAAACACAGCUAAAUCAAAGCACUGCUGUACAAAUAGUGUGGAUCGAAAGCAUAUGUAUGCACACCUGUGUUCUGUUGCGUAUGCAUGGCUGCUAUUUUUAGCUAACUUUCUGACAGCAAGGCUUGGUCAAGGAUGACUGCUUAACAACCAUGCAAACCCCCGUCACUUUUAACAAUCAAACAAGCCAAUUUUGCCAAAUACCCCAUGUGCUUUAUUCCAUCACACAUUAGAUACAGUUUUUACAAGGAUAAAGAUUUUUAUUUUACCCAUCUUUCUCCACAAAAGGACAUCUACAGUGCAAAUAAAGAUAGGAAACACAUUUCUGAAUGCUGUUAAGAUAUUCAGCUUUCAAAUAAUUCUCUUUAGUCAAAUUUUAGCAGUGAAAGAAAUGAUGUAUUCACCCAGAAACACGUUCACUCACUUUUUAUCUUCUCCCUCAAUGCUGCCUUCUUAGCUAUUUCAGCAGUGAGCUUCUGUCCCAUUUUGUCAUAUCAUUCCCCGAAGAGUACAAGGUGUCUCUUGACAAAUACAGCUAUGUUAGUUUUGCUUAUCAAGACUGAGGCAGGGAAGACAGACCACAGAGACUAACAUACAAUCCCUCUAGUGUGAAAUCCUCCUAGGUUGUGAAUAACUGAGCGUGUAGCACAGAUACCAGAAAAAUCAUAUCAGAAAACUUGGGCCUGGACGACUCUAAACUGACAAGGCUGUUGUCUCCUGCAAAUCAUUUAAAAAAAAAGAAAGUCUUUCUUUUUCGUGCAGCUUCUUCUUAUCAUUGAAGCCAGUUUCUCUGACAUGAAGCAUUCAGGCACAGCUUCUUCUGUCUGUCAGCUUCGUUUUGUUGCUAAUUUAUUCAUUUAAGCAGAGGCAGCCACAUUCAAAGACAAUGGCACACAAGCUCCGAGUUGAAUUAACCUCAAUAAUUAUGCAGAUUCAGGGAGAGAAAAGCCCAAUUGUUACGCACUCCUCAAAAUUCCUGCCCCCUCCUGUGCUUGACAUCCAAGUGAAUAAAUUACCAGACUCAACGAAAUACCCAAACUAUCUUCUUCAGGAUCCUCUUGUGCACUGCUAAAAAUUAAUUGUGCAAGAAUAAUAAGACUGUACCCUCCCAGGUCAACCUUUCUUGUUUGUGUUUGUGUUACUGAUCAUUUUCACGACAGCCUGCAGCCUAAUGGAAGCAUGUGUCUACUGUGAGUGCAUUAUCCUGAUGCCUGUAAUGCUGGGAUCCAUUUUCUCCAAACAUUUUAAAGGAAUCGACUUUUAAGUGUUUCCAAUAAAGACCCAGUUCAAAGUGCUGGCUAAUGGGCUGUUUGAUCAAUACAUGAGCUUUUCCACUGUAAACACCAAAGUUAGUUGAACACAUUGAAAGCAGGUCAUUAGAAUCCAUUAAGUAUUGGUUGAAAUUCAGCCCCCAUUUAUGGGUGUUUAUGGCGGUUAUAUAUCAAGCUUUUAUAAUAUAACCGGGGUAUCUUCUCAGUAUGGUUUCCAGUGCAGUUUAAUUUGUUAUAGACCUGCAAUUAGUCUAAUUGCUAUGUCAUGCAAACAUGGAACCACAAAUGUCGCCUGAUAUCAAUUAAAAAAACAGCGAGGGGUAUCCUAUAAUUUUGAUGUACUGAAUAGAUUUAGUCUAAGAGAAAAACACUUUCACAAAAAUAGGUGCUUAAUCCAAUUGCCAUGACAACAACAGUAAUUUACACAUUUUUAGACAUGUAAUUGUGAUGAUAGACUUCUGUUAAACUGCAAAGCCUCUUAAACACUCAAGUUAUGUGACUGAGCUCAGAUCUCACACCUAUAUCGUCCAUGCUUAGGAUGUCCCGAUAUGAUAUUCAGUGUUUCCCCUUCAUUCAUUCAGCAGCUCUGCAUCGUUGCUGCUAAAUUACGUGUGCGGUACUGAAAUUUCACAUGAUCCUGAGUAUCGAUGCGCCACUAAUGAUUUCUACUUGCACUGUGUGAGCACAAGAACACAAAACGUUAUUUUCCACUUGUUUUGAGUAAUCAGCGAGCGCAUCAAAUCCUGUCGGACUCUCUUCCAUUAAUCUGACAGGUAAUGUUCAAGCUUACUCACGGUCUUAAUUGCAUGGAUGAUUACAUGAACAUAACAGCGUAGCACCAUGGGCGGCAAGAGAGUGGGGGUAACAGCAAAAAUCCCCCGCCACAGAAGCACCACUUUUGAAAAAAAAUCCAUGAGAAACACUGACACUUUUUGAAAAAUUGAUAUCGGCCCAAUAUCAGGAAAAAAAAAAAGAAUCAGAUAUCGGCCUGCAUCUAAAAUCUCAGAUAUCAGCACUCCGACAAAGCAGUCCAUUCCAGACUCUGCUCCGGCACCUCUAUGUAGCAGCGCCUGGAUCCACAACAACAGUGUGUACUAAGGUACUAGUAAAGAAGCAAGGAGUAGGCAUGAUGUUGGCUGUGUGGCAGUAUAUUUUCUUUAAGUCCAAAAAGAUGUUGCAGCGAAGUGCAAAACUUGUAAUGCACAAUUUUGUGCCAAUGUCAGGGCAACAACAUCGGUACGCCUAGUUGUUGCACAAUGAACCCCACAAUUCGUGCAACAUUGGUGUCCAAGUGUGUGGUUUCAGUGAGAACACAAGCGCCACUAACUGUUCUGCCCUGCAAGCUCAGGUGCAACAAAUCGCUGCUAUCUUCUCCCCCAUUCUUCCUCUGAGGGAGAAUUAGAGGUGGAACAACAAGGACACAUGCUGGGGAGCGACACCUCGACUCUUCUAAUCUCACAGUUGAGAUGCUACGAGGUAUUGGCUGAUUCUUUGGAAAAACAAUAAACUAAACCAACAAUAACAGGAGCUCAUUUGCAUUCUGCAACCAGCUGCUAAAGCAAUGGCAGCUGUAAUUCUGUCUAAUGUACAACACAGUGGAGGAGAUGAAAGCCUCUCUCCAGCGAUGUGCUGGUACUCGGCCUGCUUCAGAUGAAGUGUUAUGAUGGAUCUGGAGAAUCGGAAGCCCAGGGAUGUUUUUAUAUUUGUUCAGGUGUUUCCAAAAAUAGAACAGCCUGAUUCCAAAAAGGCUCAUAGUGAGGGCUAAUAACUGAGGUAAUGAGUGCUGUAAUGAUGCAGGAUCAGUCAGUGGGACAAAGAUUUUGCCUCUAACCACAUCUGUUCACUGUCAGUAUCAUUGUGUGUUUCUGCAGUUUGUGACCACUGCCUCCUCAAAACGCUACUGGUUACUCAAACACAAUCUGUGUGUUUUUGUGUGUGCCUGUGCCUGUGCCUGUUUUGGGAUAUAUGUGUGUCUGAAUUAUUGAUGCAGUGUAAAUCCAAUCUGUCUCAUGGCAGGUGCGCUGUGUUCUGUUUGCAGUGCGCGUGUGUGUUUUUGAAUUGCGUAUCAGCCAUUGCGAGCGAGGAGGAAGGAGCAGUGCUGUAAUUAAAAGGCAGCACAGUCUGCAGUCCUUCCCACACAGACUCAGCUAUAGGCAUACAGGCCAAAGGCUCAGCAGACUUUACGUAUAAACAUGACCACCACUGUUCACACACAUAUGCACACACACUGUGAUGCUACACAGACAACUGUCUUUUUUCCUCCUCGCUCUCCCCUCCCGUCUUCUUCCCUUAGUCUCAGUUGAGCAGCACAGUUUUUCUUUUCUCUUCCUCCAUCGCCCAUCCUCUGUCUUUCAUGCUCUUUGUAUCCCUCUCCCUCCUCCCUCCCACAAACUUCACAAUGUGCCACACUCGAGCUGCAGCAGUCUGUUUUUGUGCAGCAUGCAGACAAGCUGCUAGGACCCGACCAGUGAUAUCAUCCCAUUGUCCCUGUGCCGUCACCUGCACCAGAGAGCUGGGAGUCUGGGAAGAUAGAGAGGGAGGUGGAAGGAGGGAAGAGUGAAGGAGGAGAGAGGGAGAGUCUGUUGAGUUAGUUAGAGGCACCUACAUCGGCAGAGUAGACCGAACAGGGACACCAACGUGAAUUCAACACAGGUCAGCACAAUAGCAUGAAAAACUUGAUAAUCUUUAUGCAGAAACCUCUAGAAGAACCAGACUCAUGGGUGAAAGAUGGAUAGAGACAAAGACUCGAACAGAUGCAGUCAAAAAGAAAGGCAACAAAGUUCAAGAGCAUGAUUUCCCAUCAUGGAUGCCAGAAUUGCCUACAUCAUAAUGAUUUGUUCAGCAUGUGCUUGUGAAUUGUAUUUUCUUUUCAAUUUUGUGCCUACUUGCUUUCAUGCAUAAUAUCUCUGAAUUGGUUGUUCACCAUGCGAACUGAGCACAGCCCACCUGUUUGCGACAGUAAAAAGAAGCAGUGACUUUUCAGUAAUUAUUACCUGACAAUGAUGCAUGAUAGAAGGUGAAACUUUAUUUGUUUGUCCUAGCUGUUCCCUCGGCUGUUAUUUGAGAAUGUCGACUACACACUCUGACAAACACACACUCACAGGGGAUUCAUGUUUCUGUGGUGUACUAAUUUGCCAAACAGACACACAACCUCACACUUGCGGAUGUACAAAUGAAAACAUUUGCUGAUUCAUGUUGCAGAGAUGUACACGUUUAUCUCUCUUCCCACGCCAGUAGCCAUGUUGACAUUGGCAAAAUUUCUUGAUCCGAUUAAAAAUUUGAGGGAUCGGAUAAUCUGAAUCCACUGUUUAUAUGGGUGCAGAAUCAAAUAAUUCGAUCAAGACGUGCAUGUACAUGCACCAAGCUUUAUUCAGAUUAGAAGCAUAUGGACAUGAGCAGAGUUGUCUGAUUUCUCUAAAACAACCUCAGAAGAAGAGUUGUAUUUACGCCUGUGCUGACAACAAACCAGCAAAUGCGGUAGCAGCUUGUCCAUACCCGAUCCGUCCCGGAAACCCGAUUUGUACUGCGCAUGUGCGAAACGUACGUCACUUCCUCUCUUGGCAUGUCAACAGUGAGUCACUACCUACCCAAUCCAUACUGUGCAAGUGCAAAUUUACUUCACCUUAAAAACUUUAUUUAAACUACCAAUUGACUCAAAAACAAGCUGUCAGUGUGAUAGGCUAGCUAACAGGAGGCUCCAGCGCUAAUGCCGAGGCAUUCGGCAGAGCUCCUGCCCAGCACGGUGAGAUCUUUUGGGCCACAGAGAGCGCUGUGUGCGGUUUGCGACAAUGUCGAAGCAGUUGCAAACCGCGAGAAGCAAAGAAUUGCUCAGCUGUCGCAAAGAUGGCUAGUAGAAGAAGUGACAUACAUUUCUCACAUAUGCAGCACAAAUCGGGUUUCUGGGAUGGAUUGGGUAGCGACAUGGAUCACUCCAUCCAAUUCAAGAGUUUUCCCCUUGUGUACUUAUUUUACUGUUCUGUCAAAUUUUGCACUGUGUGUGCAGAUGUGACAUGAUUAUGCUGUAUGUACGCCUUGUUAUGUUACUGGAGGAGCAGACACGGCACCUGCGGUUGUGUAUUAUGCCAGAGUGUUAAUAAUGAAACCUUUUGUACUGGCCUCGAUAAAUAAGCCAAAGGCUAAAAAGUAAAGAUCGAGCAGGUAACAGAAUUACGAUCAGAGUAAGUGUUAACAAGGACACGUUUCGGAAUAACGAUCGGCAUAGACCACCCCUCUCGAUCGGAAUGCAAUUUCUUUCCGAUUGAGCCGAAUUGGAUCAGAAUCUUCCGAUCAACAUGUUUACAUGAUGUGUUAAUAUUCCGAUCAGGCAUUUUUCCUGAUUAUUUGUGCCCAUGUAAACGCAGCUACACUGUAUCACACACACAGUACAGUGAACUUCUUGAGUCUACACACAGAUCAGCUAACUAGCUGACGCCUCUUCACCUUCUCUGGCCUUCACUUCUUCUCCGCUCAUUUGUUGCUGCCUUUGGGGUACCUACAGCCUCUCCUAUAUUUCACUUCCCUCCUUCUACCUCCCUCUGCAUUUUUAUCUCAACACCUGCAGCAACAGGAUGUGUGUGUCUCUGUGUGUGAGUGAGUGAGUGUGUGCAGGCAUCAGUCUGGUGUAGAAGGAGUGAUUAAACCCUUGAGCGCUGCCUCCUUCUCCUCCUUCUCCAGUGAACCAGUGCACCUCAAAAUAACGCCACGUCACUGACACUCCCACGCCGACGGCUGAGAUUGUUUCACUUCGAUUUUCGCUAUUUAUCAUAGAAAUAACAGUCGGUCGUGUCUGCACUGAAAGGAUUGAGCAGAGGCUUUUCUUUCACUCUUCUUUUUUGUCUUAUGUGGAGUUACUGAGCGCAAUAUGGAUCUCAGAUAAGAAAAGAUCAGUCUGUCUGUUCUUGGACUCACUAAAAAGCAGAAUAUGUUGCCAGAAAGUGUGUUGCAGGCGUUGCUUUGCCACAUGUUUUAUCUUUGUAUGGGAUUGUAGUUGUGGGUAUGAGGUGGGGCUUUCCUUCAGCCUCUUCAAAGCCAAGUCUCUUUUACCUUUCUCUUUUUAUUCAGUACACCGCAGGUUGAAAUACUGAGGCAAUCCUCUGGUCAAAAGCAUACUCUUUCUUUUUUCUUUCUUUUAUCAAUUGGUAGUCUUUCUUGGCGGCUUGAGUUUCUUGACUGAUGUCUGUUGGUCUACAACUUUGAUCUGGAAAUAUCUCCAUAUCUAACAGAUCAAUUGUAAUGCAAUACAUUUCAGACACUUGUGGACCCUAGAGGACGAAUCUAACCAACUGACUCAUCGAACCCCUACAGAAGGAGUUUGCUUUCUUGUCUUGUCCGAAGUAUCUGAAAACACUACUACCUUACUUGUUUGUGUGGCUAUAGCGUACGUGUUUAGACUGUCUGGGGAUGCUCAGGUUGAGUUGGGAAGACAGGUGGUGUGAGAGCUGGACACCCAGCGUGGGUGAGGAUGAAGGAGAGUGGGAGAAGGGGGGGAAGAAGAGGAAUCUCAUUCCCCUCCUGCUGCCACAAACACGCACUUCAAAGAUGGCUUCUGAAGGCUUCCGGCUCCCUCAGUUCUUGUUAUUGUUCACUGAUGAAAACUCAUUUAGUGUAAACUAGUAAUGACAAUUUAGCAGGAACUCAAGUUGUGUAUCUCUUUACAUAACAGGUCAAUGACUGAGUUCUGGGUCCCUUCACCCGGAUAUGGUUUCUGUUUAAUGCACCAGAGUGGCAGGUUGUUUGUUGUUAUUUUACAGCAUCGCCAACUGUAAUGAACAGCCGGGAUGAUGCGCCCCAUGCAGCAUCGAUCCCACACUCUUGCACAGACGGUGGAUGGAAAUUGGUCCUGGUGGGGGAGCAGAGGAGGUGCACACACGCCUGCACCUUCUGUGGACACAUAUGGAUGCGGGAUCAGCGCACAUGUACAUACUGAGAGGGCGAGAGUGUGCGUGUGUGUCCAUGUGUGUGUGAGGGGGCAGUGUGUGUUUAUUGACUCCUGCGGUUGCUGGGUGCUCACUGGACCGAGGAUGAUCUUCUUAUUGGUGACAGUAUGGAGCGUAUAGAGGAGGAGACCUGCUCCCGCGGUGGGCUUUUCUUCCUCUUUGCUGCAGAAAAACUCUUGGAUCUCUUUCACCUCGCCCCAUGUCCUCAGCUGGUGCUCACUGCGGUUGGAGGGAAGCCUCGUAUACAAACUGUAUUAAACCGGGCUGUAAUGCUUCCCCUCCUGCUUCAUUACCACAUGAAUGGUUGCCAUAUUUCAGUAUACUGUGUGGAUACUUUUGGCAAGUCACUCAAAGUCAUUGGCUUUGACACAGUGGGCUAACAAUAGCCUAUAGAGGAGGGGGUCCUUUUUUGUUAGGUUUAAAGCAGUGGUAGAGGGGCAUUUCCUUUAAGAGAAAUCCACAUUUACUACAAAUUAGGACUUAAUUUAGUGGCUUUGGCUGUCACUUUACUAUCCUGUUGUACACUUCAGGUCACUUUAAUACAUCAAAGUAAUGAUUAUAUGAACAGAUAGGCUUUAAAUAAGUAAACAGUAAAGUCAUAAAAGGACAAUAAGCACACAAGACAUAUCAAAGAUAAUCCUCAAGUUAUGGUGCAACAUAAAGAAGAAAGAAUGACACAGUAAGUACAAUUAGAGACCUCUGGAAACAGUGCAGUAAAUACCACAGCCUGUCUUUGCUUUUCAAUCCUGUGAAGUAGAGUUUAUUGUCAACAUCAAGUGAGAUUUCCAGAUCUAGAAGGAGAAGUACAAUGCUCUACAACUUAAGUGUUAUUUCUUUGACGCUGGACUCAUGUUUCAGUCGGUCAAAAUCAUAGUACCCUCACCCAAGAACUCAAAAUCUGAUAACACGACAUUGCAGCAAAUAGAUUUAGAGGCCUAAGAUGAUCAAACAAGUUGUACACAAAUCCCUAAAUUAAGUCAGAUGAAAAGGAACGGCCAAACUGCUGUUUGUUGAUAAAAUCUAUUCACAGUUUACAGAUUGGUUUCCUGGUUUAUUUUUGAUCUUUUAUUAUAUUUGUGGUUUUGCAUAUACACAGCACAGUUCAAAGGGGGAUCAAAAGUGACAUUAAGGUUAAAUCACUUUCCCAGUAACCACUUAAGUAAAUACACCGCUAUCAGAUAUCCUCUUACAAGACCUCUGAUUGUGCCAGGAAUAUAUGAUGUGUUGAACGAUCCAGUUAGGUCCGGUUUGGGAUAGGACUUGUGCACAUUUAGUUACCCAAACAUUGUCACCCUUGCUAGUGUCCAAUAUUGAUAUCAGAUAUUGAUUCAAUAUCAGCAAAAAAACAAAUAUCCGAUUAUAGCAGCCUGCAUCUUAAAUCUCCAAUAUCAGCACUCUGAUACAAGUAGUCUGUUCCAGACUCUGCUCCGGUACUUCUAUCCAGCAUCACCCAGAUCCAGCAUGCAGAGCCCACGUGAUCACAACAACAGUGAGUACUAAAGUACUAACAAAGUAACAAGCAGUAGGAGUGAUGUCGGACGUGUCAAUAUUUUGUUUAAGUCCAAAAAAGAUGUUGUAGCUGAGUGCAAAAUGUUGUGCCAAGUUUGUGCUUACAUCAGAUCAAUAUUGGUCUUGGCCAAUACUGAAGGCUAAAAUAUUUUUGUUAUAUCAGAAGUAAAAAAGUUGUAUCAGGACACUCCCAGUUUUAAGUUGCUCGUAUUAAGUCAUUAAUUUUGUUUAUUUCUUGAGGAAAAAAAGAAAAAGUUGUCUAUAAUAACAGAUAAAAACCCAUAAAAGUCUCAUGUCUGCUCCGGUUUCAUCGUUUGUUGUACUUCUUGUGUCAAAGUCGCCACAUUUUCAGACUGAAGUCAUUACAUGCGGAGUGGAUGUCCUUAAGUACAAGUUUUAAAGAAAUCUGCAAGACAAAAAGAAGUCUGGAUCUGUUGUUCUUUAUUUUUGUUUAGCUCUGUUCAAGUAUAUCACUGAAACAGAAGUCAUGUUGUAACCUGUUAGUAGAACACACUGCUUCUGCUCUGGCUUUUGUGAAGUUUGACUAUUGUUUGUUUGGAAUUGUGUCCGUGAAGGCCUUUCAGUAAAGAAGAAAUACGAUACCCAACACUGCAGGUCCUUAACCUCCGGGCUGGUCUGCUGCCUGUGUGUGGUAAAUCUCUCUCAUUCUACAUGUCUUUUGUUUUCUUUUUUUUUACAGCACUCCCUCUGCCUCUCUCUCUCUCUCCCUCUGUCCUCUUCUUUUUCUCUCCAUCAUCCUCUCUGUUGUCUGUGAGCGUGUUAACACUCCAGCCCUGUCACCGAGCCUCAUGGCACCAUGGAAACCAGUCCCACCAUUCUCUCCCAGUGUGUGUGUGUGUGUCAGGGUCUGAGUGUGUUUGUGUGUUGCUGGGCGGGAUCAGGGUCUUGUUUAGUUUAAAAAAAAAAAGCUGAGGAGAGGUCGUGGCCAUCCCUGUGGGCCUCUUGCUGUAAUUCAUGUAAAUUCCCUUAAGACCCCGGUGGCUUUGUUUUUCCUCAUUGUCCCCUCUGAGCUGGUCGUAUCUUCACUUUGAGAAUAAGUUUUUUUUCUUAAAUGAUUCCUUUGCUCAGCUCCUUUGAUAGUUAAUCAGAUACCUUUAGUUAGUUAUCAUGAUAGUCUUGCUAUUUGAUACUUUGACACCAGACUCUGCACUUUUAUUAUGAAGUUACGGGUUCAGCCAGAGUUAACAAGGAUGAAAUUUAAACAGACGUGAACGAGGACAAACAGAGUGUUUGCCAAAGGACAUUGUUUUUCCUCAGGGUCAUUCUCAAGGUCAUCAAAUUUAAACAAUUAUUGAUCCGCAUGUCUUUGGACGAGUUUCAUUGGAGAACUUAAACAAACAAGCGGUCAAAGAUUGCACAUAGGAAUGCAUCUGCAGCGAACAUAAGAGGAGUAAACCGUCCUUACUUGUCCUUUCAUUCUUCCUCUGAAGUGCCUCCCCACCCUGCCUCGAUAGCCUUGUGAACCCAGCCCCUUAUUCUCCCCGCGAGCCAAUCAUAUUUCACUCCCAUUCAGAUUUCUGAAUAGGAAAGUCCUCGCCCAGAACACCCACUGAUUGACAAAUGCAUGCACACACAGGCAGCACGCAGCUCUAGUCAGGAGGGCCCGGUCUAGACCGCAGCGUGAACUCUGUUCUGCUAAAAAGUUGCCAUUGAAAUAUGCGGUUGCCAUUGAAAUAUUGUUUUUCCAUUGGUGUGCUGACAAAGAGCGAGGAGGGCGCCGGUCCUGUCUCAGUGUGAGUCUGAAGGAGCAAUGGGCUGGCGGGGAUCGCCCAGUGUCUCUGCUCAACAGAGCCAGUGUGCAGAAAUAAUGCCCAUUAGACUUGGUCAAUCACGCCCCUUGCUCAAUGAAAUAUGGCCCUUUCACUCAUUUCAUACCAUAAUCUAUACACCUCCAUGCUAUCCAUCAUCUCUCCUAAAAGAUGUCUGCCACCAAGAAUGCUUUUAUUUAUGAAACUUUUUUUUAAACUAAUAGCUUCUCAUGCAGUGAUGUGAGAUGCUGAGAAAGCUGCUUUAAGGGGUGAGUUAUGUUUACACAGGGGAUGGCUGAAGCUGUUCAUUAGAAAAUUAAAGUGGAAUUCAGAGUCAGAGGUUUCAUGUCUGCUGACCGCCAACGAAGCUGUGACACUCCUUGGACUGAUGGUUUCAUCAUGGUGAGUGGGUGGAAAUUCUAUGCCAGCAGUAACAUGCAAUAAUAUAAGAGUCAUGAGGCUAUUGAACCUGCUGGUGCAGACAGGAUUCAUGUGCCUCAGUGGCUAUCCGUCAACGUGCAAAGAAAACUGAUGAAGUAAAAUCAAGUUAUCAGUGGGAGGAAAAUACUCUGAUUUUUCACUGAAUGGGGCACUUUUUAGUGAGCAAUGUAUACUGAUGUUUUAUGUUUUAAACUUGCAGAUUAGAUUUUAUCUUUAACAGCUUCUAUCCAGAACUGUUGCAUUCCAUAUAAGCUUGCUUGCACUCUUCUACCCCGUCUUUACUGGUAUUUUACAAGAAGAAAAAAAUUAUUCCCACCUGUAGGGCUGGGCGAUACGGCCUCAAAUCAAUAUCACGGUAUAUUGCUCACCCCCUUCCACAUUAACUUCAUCUGCUUCAGCCGCUCCAACUUUUGAACCGUCCUCCAUCUCCUCACCUGUCUUUCCCUCCUUGUUUUGGACUGGAUGGGGUGGAGUCACGUCUCUGAUGUAGGACAGCGUCUUAAAGGAACAUGAGACCAUAACUUAUUUACACACAUCCAAAACCAACCUUUAUUUAUUUUUUUUUUUUUGAGACAGAAUAUACUGACAUGGGCAAAAUGACGUUGGUUAUUGUUAUAACUUGCGGUAUCAGUAAAAUUUCGGUUUAUCGCCCAGCCCUACCCACCUGCUUUAUCCAGGUAUGUUAGUUCAGCUGUUGAAAAGUUUGAUAUAGAGUGAUUGUAGUCAUACUAAUCUGUUAAUAUGUUUUUUUUUAAUUCUAGUUUUUAGUGGGACUAAGGCAAUAUAUCAAUUUUUUGGAAACAUGUGAACUCACUUUAAAAGAACCUUUACCAGGAUGCAAAAUGAGCUAUUUUGAGUAUAGAUUGUGCGUUUAAACUGUGUGUCCUGUUGCUGUGCAUACAUGCAUGUGCAUCUAUGUGUACCAAACAAAACAGAAACACACACACUUUUGUAGCAAUGCAACACUUCAACAAUCUCCAUUUCAAGUUAUGCAUAUAUAAACCCUUAUCCAGUGGCUGAUCACUGCUGCAGAGAUUACAUUAAUGUAUACCUAAGUUUGGUACUUCAGAGGUGUAUUUAGUUACAGUACUCGAAUGAAUGUACUUGGUUACAUUUCAGCAUUGCAGUCUACAUGUUUUUUUGCACAUCGGGGUCUAAAUCAUUGUUUAGCUUAGUGGAUUUUAUGCUUUGAGGCUGAUUAUGUUACAUUUUGUGGGCUUUUGUAGUGGGAGCAGUAUUAUUUAGGGCCGGGCUCACAGAAUAGAGACACUUUCAAAGGGAGAGCUCCCACCAUUGUUGCCCUCUGCAACCAUAGCUAACGGAUGUCAAAAGACCUCUCUCACGUCUAUUCUUUUAAAAUGGGUUGCAAUAAUACCAGAGAGGAGUCGGCAAUAAAUAAGCCUCCCUUUACUGAGUCAACUAGAUUAGAUUGCAUGGGGGACAUCUGUGGAGUGUAGGUGAACACUUUCUCUGUAUGGGAAAGGAAGUCCUUAGGAUGUGCCUUCAGGCUUCUUCCUUUCAUUUGAGAAGCUCUGCUGCUUUUACUACACCUCCACCCUCUAUUGAGAGUGUAGAUGCUGAAUUGACUGGAGCACAAUCGGGGCUGCUGACAGUUUUUUUUUUUUACUGUACACUGGAAGCCAUUAAAAGAAACAUGCAAUUAUAAUGUCAAUUUUUGUCUUUCAUUCUCUGCCAAAAUUCGUAUCCCAGGAUGUCGGGAUCUGUCAUCUCUUCAUCCUGCUGACAAGUUUGAUCCAAAACAAAUAACCUUUCUGAAUUAUUUAUUGCUCUUGUCCAAACAUGUGUAAAGAAAAAAACUCACCCGGUAACUUUGUAGAUUGGGUUCAGCUGUUCAGAUGAUACCAGGAAAUGUUUAACCCCUAUUGUACAAAGACAAAAGGUUGUUUUAAUCCCACUGUGAGAGGAGGGAGGAGGAGAGGGGCUGGGGGGAGGGGGAGGAGGGGGUUGUGGGUGUGUUGGUUGGAGGGGUGUUGGGUGAUUUUGUGCAAGGGAAUUGGCUCCUCUCUCUUUGCUGUCAGUCAGUUUCAGCAGACACAUCGAGGAAUACGCAGCGAAACGGGAUUAUGAGGAGUGAACUUUGCUCUCACACGGCGGACACACACACACUGAGAGGACUUACUCACACUGACACAUACAGAGGUAAAGGUGAUGUAUUCACUCUUUUGUUAGUGAGAAUUUAGGACAUAUAACCGCAGAUUAAUGCUUUGGAGGGAGAGGAUAGCAUGUGAUGUUCUUGGUGAUCUGCAGGUGGAAGUUCAGGUCGACUGGAUUUGAUAUUUAUAUACGAUCAAGUUAUUUUUAAGUAGGAAAACAUCUCAUGUUAAGGUAAAAUUAUAAUUUCUUUUCUUUGAACAUAAUAAUAUACUUUUAAAUGAUUGACUUUUUAAGGGUGGUUGUUGUUUUGUACUCGGAUAUCCUAGCAAUGAGAGAUUUUCAUCAUUUUUCAUCUUUUAUGAUGGGCUCAAUGAGGAGCUGAAACGUUUACUCGCUUUGACAGAGAAUUAAGCAAACAACUUUUUUAAUCAUUAAUUAAAGAUUUCGAGGUUUGUUUUUAUAAGCAGAAGUGUCAAGAUUUAUCCACUCUAACUUUACAAUUUGUGAACACUGGCUGCUUUUCAUCCUUUUAUGUUGGUGUAAUUGAACGUCUCAGGGCUGUGCAGAGUUUGUGAGACACAUGAAAGUGUUUCCUUGAACAUUUUUAAACAGUUUUUAAAAGGCUACUAACAAAUUAAACUGAUUAACAAAUUAUCUGUGCGUACUCAAACAAGGACGACAAUUUCAGACAUUUGAUCUCAUAGAUAAACCUAAUUGGUGUCUUCUUGGCCCGAGAUGACAGAUGAGGAUAUUUCUUACAGUGUGGUAAAAUAACCUCAGCACACAUUUUGUGCAGUGUGACCUUCAUAAUGACUCUCUUCCUCCAGUAAUCAGCUUUAUAACAAACAUUUUCAUGGAGACUUCCCUGCUCUUGCAUAUCAACACACCAUCCCUAUCCUGCUGAAUCUCAGCGUACCUUUCGCGUAAGUGUGUGAGAGUGGCUCUGUGUGGCUGCGAGCCGUGUCCCCUAAUGUAAAUUCAUGGUUGGGGAAGAGCGUGUUCCGGCUCUAAUUAUUUCUCCCCUCUUUGGCGGUAAUGAUGCUUCAUCGGGAGAGCCGUAUCGUCUGCCGCCACACUCUGCCUCUCAUUAGGAAAGAGUCUAAAAUUAAACCCACAGGCCACUACGCUGGAGCUGAGCUGCCUUCCCUUGUCUGAGGACACACACACGCACGCACACAAUCAUAUCCACACUCACACAUACACACAUCAAAACAACACAGCCUCGAGGAGAAAAGCAACAGACCCUCAUUAGAGGAUGGUGUGACAGUUUGGUACCUGGCAUUAUCUGCUAUGAGCCUCAUGCAGAGUGAGGACAUCUCACUUUACUGUACCCACAUUCAGCUGUGCCAUAAUUGAUAUAAUGAAACUAAUGACUCUAUAUUCUUAUCGCUAUAUAGGAGCUUUAAAUGUCCAAUUAUAACCUGGCUCUACAUGCAGCAUUGACAUGUGCAGUGAAAAGAAAAGAACAGCAUGAAUUCAUCUAUUUAAAAUAAAUUCUUUCCUUAUCUGUUUAUACAUCUGAAUAUAAAAUGAUACAAAUGCAUUUUGCAUCCAAGGUAACUCAUUUGUUGCUGCAGUUUUUGGUGUAACAAGCUCAAACAACAACAGCGAUGUAUUGUUGUCUUUUGAUGUUUUAAUAGAUAACAUGCUAGCAAAUGGUCAUUUAUUUUGACACCCUGCAGACUAGCGUACUGGUAGAGUUGAUGUGAAGUACUGUGUACUUCCUGUCCAUAACUGUAUGUCCGGUGUGUUACUGAUGUUGAAAUCUAUCUAGUGCUCAGAUUAAUGUCUUAUCAGUUAAUAAAUGUCCCGCUAUGCUCGCCAGCUAGUUGGCAUCUCUCUGUCUGACAUUUGAUGCUAGGUAAGAAAUACAGUAUUACUUGGGGGUAAAAAGCAAAAACAAUAAGAUUAAAAACACUAAUUGGAAUAGACUUUGAUAUAGGAUGUCACAUGUAUGUUUUAUAAAUCACAAUUAAUUACAGAAUUGCAACAGUUCCAUGAAAUUAAUGACAUUUUAAGUUUUUUUUUUUAAUUCCUCAAUUUUUGCAUUUCCAAACAGUUUUUAAGUCAAUAAAAGAGCGUUUAAGUGUUUCAUAGGUUUCACUAUAGGUCCGUAUUGGUUCCCCCACUCCAGAAUAGUACUAUGCCAACCUCUGUGUUGGUGCCAGUCUGAUUAACUGCAACUGUAUCCCUAGGUUUAAGGUGGUAAUUCCAACUUCCAGUGCUUUAGUGAGAUUUUUACUCAUUUUGACACAAAGUGCAUAUUAUUUUUGACAUGUUACCCAAGCCAGCUGAGAAAAAGCUAUGAAAUCGACAGUUUAAAAGCACAGUGGUUUCAUUACUUUAUAAUCAAGGCAGCUGCAAGAAGCAGGAAGAUGCUGCAGAAGCUUUACUACGAUGUGCCGAAGGGACAAAUUAGAACAGGAUUUGAACUGUAGUGUGAUUAAGACAUUGUUGGUUCACACAGUCAUUUGAUCAGUUUAUAAUAUAUUGAAAAAGGCAGCUUUAAGUCACGGUUGUAUUUCAACAUAUGUAUCCUCUGUCUAUAAACUUAUGGUACCUUUUUAUAGUAUAAUUUUUAACUCUUUCAGAUUCUGUAUGUUCAUUAUUAACAACCAUGUAUCCACCUAUGUGAAGGAAUGUGUCUCAAAACAAGCAGCUAAACUUGAAGCUAAGGCAACUUUUCCGAAGUUUAAGGGUCUUUCUCCUUACAGUCUCUGUAAAAGUUGUCCUUUUCCACAUUGGGAUCUGUGGGUAUUUCAUUUUGAGCAGUAUACAAACAUACAGACUUUGCCAUUGCUGCUCUGGUUGUUUAUAAAAUAGCCCAGCAGUGUUCAGUUGUUUUCUGGUCCUGAAUAAAUCUUUAGAUAAGGUUCCUGCCUGUGCCUCCUGGUGCUGAUAUUGACCAUCAGACGAAAACAUCCCACUAUCAACCUUUCUCAUCGACAUAAGUUGUGUUAGUUUAUAUUCCUUGGAGACUGAGCUGUCUUUUUGUUAGUCAGGCACCAGAACACUCCCGGAGGUUUUGAGGGCACCACGUGUCUCUCACUCAGAGGUGUUUUGUAGUCCUUCUCCAUGCCCACCGUCAGCAUCUCAUCCAUUUAUUUCCAGUCUUGGUUCUCUGUCCCUCUUCUUAUCACCAUGGCAGCAGAGCUGGACUGAGCCCGGCUUGACUCUGUGGGGUCUGAGGUGCAGAGGUGGGGUGGCGGGAUGUCUGGCUCGAUGUCACGGGGGGGGAGGCUGCUUUUGAUGGGAUCAGCCUUCAACUCGUUCAAACAGGAUGUGGAAAGGUCAUUUUGCUGCUGUGUUUUAUUCAUGGAUCGCAGCUGUAGUCAGCUGUUUCUCUGCUAUAGAAACACACAGUUACACAUAAUUAUGAGCCUGAUCCUGCAAGACUGAAGCGCUGCCUUGACAUAUUGAUGCAAGGUCGGUAAUGGGGUUAGCAGUGAUACAACCUGAUGCUGUAAAUGCAACAUGCAUGUCAGUGAUUCUGUAAAUCUGGAUCUAGAUCUGCGUUUCAAGGCCAGAUUUGUUGGUACAAAAAUCAAAGUUAAUGAAGCUAGCGGGAGACUGAAAUGAAAAAAUACUUUGAAAGACGAAUAAUGACAAGCAUAGUGUGAAGACGCCGCAAAAUUGAGUUUUACACAGUGUAAAAAAACCCCGAAGAACCCACAGCUGUUAUUCCUGUGACGGUGAUUAUAACAUAAAACCAUAGUUAACAUUCAUAGCCGUGCAGAAAAGCAGUGUGUGUAUCUAACCGGGUGGAAACAGCGGCCGCUCUCAACGAGGCCUCCACAUUCUUAUUUGGAGCAGCAGACUGAAGUCGAUAAGCCUUUGCUAGAAGUAAAUUGGAUUGGCUGCUUCAAUCAUUUUGCCCAUCGAUUCCGGCAGGUGAGACCCUGUUCAGUGUGACUGUGUUUGAGGAUCAGAACUAAAAUUGAGGCGGCAAGAAGGUGGAAAAGAGAAAAGACGUAAUGUAAGAAGAUUAUUAGAGUGGAGGGGGAAAAAGAGACAGGGUGGGUCUAGACAGGAGGACAUCAGAGUCUUUCCAGACCUGUGACCCCAUUCUCACUGUGAGGAUUUAUCACUUCAUGAUAUGUCAAGUGAGAAAAUGACAUGUCUUCACUAACAUGUAUUUCUACUUCGAUUUGAAGAACAUGGCUUGCAGAAAGCUGUGUCUGUUUUUAUUGGAAAUAUGUCAGCACAUGUAUUUAUCGUCUCAUGGAUGUUUGGAGGCUUCUGACCUCAAGGCAAAAACUCUUGGACAGGCGAAAAGGGAAAAGAGACAUAGCUUGAUGGAAAGGAGAAGAGAUGAUAUGGACACGGGGAGAGGAAAUAACAGCAGAGUUACACAGACUUUUGUUGCAACUCAGCAAGGUGAGGAGAAAUGGAUUUAAAAUGGAUGAAUUCACCCAAACACAGUCAGUUUUACUAAUUCCUUUGUAGGCAAACACAAUAUCAAUUUUAGAAAUCCCCCAAGGCUGUUUGCAUGUUAUGUAACUCAACACUGUGUCCUUUUCUGACUGAACUCUGAGAUAGAAGAAGAGAGAUAAGUAGAGACGGGAGAGGAGGGAUUUGGCAGAGGGAAGGAAAGCAGAGGAUGGCUGAAAGGGCAGAAAAAAGAAGAGAGGGAUAAAGGAAAAGGACAGGGAAGGUUAGGAUGAGGUAUCUUUGACUUUUUUUUUAUUGCCCUCAGGCCUUUACUAAGAUACCAAACUCUCAGGGUCACACACAACCUGCUAAAAGAGAUAGUCUUUUGUCUUUUUUUUGAACAUGGGCAAUAGAUGAAUUGUGAGUUCUUUCCAGGAGGACAAACAAGACGUACACCUAAACUCUGUGAGAUGCUACAAUAUUAGUAUAAGUAUCUACCUACAGCACAGUCUGGUACUGCAGUAUCAGGUAUCAAAUCAAUUGAUCUGCCUCCUAAAAAUCAACUAUUUUGUAUUCAACUUCGCAUGUAUUGAUAACAUGAGACAGCAGUGUGGUGCUGCAGUGAGUGCAGUGUUGAUCAAGGUUAAAAAAAUGUUUCUACUUUCCAUGUUUGGGACAAGCUAACAGUUAGCAGAUGCUGCACAAUGUAGUCUCUUAUAAUUAGAAAAAAAAACUGUGAUUGAGAGAGAAAACAGCUGAAGAAACCGCAUCUGUUAUUGUUUUUUUUUUUUUAUGUACAUCAGAGACCAUCCCUGUUCACGAUUUCCUGUCAUUUGAAAAGAAAUUAAAAUUCCAACCAACCAACAAAACUGAGCAAAACUUACUCAACAUGUCUUGAAGAGUUAUUACCUCAUCUUGGGGUAAACUAAUUAAAUUGGUUGUUUUUUACACUGAAUACUGUCAAACCGUGACAAGCGGUUUCUGUCAUCUGUUCUUGUUCACACCCGAAUAGAAGAGCUUUAUAGCAUUAAAGCAAGAGUCAUUAACCAGAGCUCCAGUCUGGGCAGAUGUGCUUUGGUUUAGAUGUAACAUAUGACCAUGAAUUUGCUUUGACUGUUUAGCUGACUCAUUCUGGUGCCAUGUGGCGAUAGUGACAGUUUUAAAACAUUUCCCUAGUUUACAUUUUUUGUAACUGUGCAGAAUGAUCAAAACUAGUAAUUUUAGGUGGAAAUAAAGGUAAUCCGAGUGUUUUUACCCUCUGUGACGUGUAUUACUUUUACUUUCUCUGUCUCAUAAUGGCAGAGAGCAAACUAAUCAAGUUAGAACAAUCCAUGAUGAGGAGUCUGGCACAUUUUGCCUCCGCCUGUUGACACUGUGAACUUUAGUUCCUUUUUUGUUUAACAUCAAAACAGGACCUGGAAGGAUGCAUAGUCCAUACCCAGGUUUGUGUAAUGCUAAACAGGUGUAGAAGUUCCUUGUUUAAGAUCUUCCCCUGGAGCACAAGGUGCCAUCUUAGGGACUUUAGUCUAUUAUUAAAAUGUCUCAGGAGUUACUCAAGUCAACCACCAUGAAUGGUUAAAAAUCAUCCUCAGUCAGGACCCCUACACUUUGAGUCAGGGUCCCCCUCACCUGCAGGGGUUCUGAUUUCUGUAACACCCCGUCACUUCACUUGAUCCCUAACUCAUUACUCUUGGAUUAGUCGGACACACAACAUUAGGUCUAGAUAUCAGAGAGAGUGCAGAAAUGGACCAUCUUUAAGAACAGUGGUUUAAUAAAGUGUUUAUAAUUUAAAUUAUUAUUGAUUUCAUGUGUGGCCCUGACCCUUGUAGAUCCAGAAGUACAAGUGGGUUUUUUCUGUGGUGGGUCACAGAAUAGGGUUUCUGCAUCAGGAGUGAGAGCUAAAUAAAGACAAUUUGAAACAGAGGAGCAGAUGAGUGAAAAAGGGACAAGACAACAGUAGAUGUGAGGGAAAAGAGGCGAGGAGAGAGAGAAGAACCGAGGAGUACACAAAACAAGAUCAGGAGACUGAGACAAAACAAGCAGAGAGACUCUGGGAGGAGAUGUGACUCUCCUCCAGCUCACAGCCACAGGCUUUUGUGUCUAUCACUUUGGAUUACACACUCCAACUUCUCCAAAUCCAUGUUCACACUUUAGUUUACACAGCUCUGUUGUUUUCCGCUGCAGCUCGUCACAGUGGUUUGUUUUUCACAGUGUUUUAAGAGCGUUUCCGAAGAGUCAACACGCUCAGGGGUGAUUAUGCAUUAACAGAAAUAUCUUCUGUCGGAGGAGAUAAUGUUUGAUGAGACCAGGAGAUUUCCUGGUGUGUAAUCUGGGGCAUGACGGUGACAGAGCAAGAAGCAAGAGUCUUUCAAUAUGAACAGGAUUUUAGCAGAUUUUGAGAUCCAAACAUGGAGGAGAAGGCCUUUGGUGAUCUCAGAUAUGUAGGGGGAGAUGCAAAAUCUCCCUCGAAAAUCUUCGGACGAGAUUUAUUUCUUCUCUGGUUGGUUGUUGAGUGUCAAUCAUGUCCUCAAAAGGGGAGCAGAGGAGUCUAGACUAAAUGUUAAACCUGUUGUUCCUUUUCUUUCCAACAAGAUUGAAGACAACCCCAGAGGGAGAAGAAGAAGAAGAAGCAGACUGCUAACCAGGGAGGAGGAGGCGAGAGGGAGACUUGGAUUCGUUGGUAAGUUGGAACCCUUUCUGUCAAACUCUGAUCCAUUUUUCCCAACAACAUCAUUUUCCAAAACAGUGUGAACUUCCGACUUCCCAGAAUCAAACGCUCUUGUUCUUCUCAGAGGCAUUUCCCCUCCCUAAGGAUGCGAACACACACACAAAUGUCAGCCUGUUUGCAAUUCCUGGCGAGUGUCUCCAGCCCAAAUAUCUUCAUCUAUGAUACUGUGUCAAUAAUAACACUCUCUGUGGAGCUGCUGAGUCCCUUAACAACUACCCGGCCUUUCCACCGUUUUGACUCGCCCCCUUCUUUUUUGUCUCUGUUGAGAGGCCUGCUCCUUUAUCCUCGCUGUAAGGCAAAGGUCACCGCUUGCUUGAUUGGCAUCCAUCCACUGGCAAAGUGUCGGCGGCCAUUUUGGCAGCAAGGUUUGGCAGGGGAUGCAAAAAAACAACACUGUUUUUCUAGCAUCCAACUGUCUUUUUGAUGCAUAUGGCUGUCAAGGUAACACUGUCUCUCAGUGGGCGUCAAUACUCCAAAAUCACAAAAUAGCACUUAGAGCCUGAGUUGAGCCUGCUCCUCUCUAUCGACUCAUGAUGGAGCAAUUUAGAGGGAGAAAAUUUACUAAUGGUAGCUGCACAAUUAGGAGCUAAAGUACCUCCCUUUAGCACAAGGUCUCAGCGUGCAUUAAAGCCAGGAGGAUUACCUCUCAGGGGUUUAUUUUUUUGAAGUGAACCUCAGUAACCUUUGGCUCGUUCUCUCAUGCUGUGGUGCUGAGAGUGAGUCUGUGAUUCAGCAGGGAGUUGAUCUAAUGCUCUGUGAGAGGAGGUGACAUGGUGUGAUGUGUGUCCACCGCUCAGCUGAGUGUGAAGGGGAAGGAGCUCACCUCGCCACUCGUAGCCAAGCUGAGCCGGGCGGAGGGGCGUAAAUGAGGCUUCACGCACAGCCGAGUGAAGAGUUAAGGGACUCUGAUGGCUCUGAGCUCAUCCGCCUCCGCUGUGGGUGCUACGCUUGUUUUAUUUUGGGACGACAGGGGGGUUUCUCGCUCUCAUCGGUUCCUUCUUGAUGUGCCUAUUUCUAUCUUUUAUUUGUCUCUGAAUCUCUUUUCUCUCUCUCCUCACUGUAUCACCGCCUCGCUGUGGACGUCAGCUGUUGUUGUGAGGGUGUGCUGCAGGCCAGAGAGGCUGAAUCCACAGUUUUCCAUGCCUCACUCACAGAGGGCCACACUCAGGAGCUGUGGACUGUAUCUAGGGUUCAAACACAGCCAGGCGUGAAGCUGGGCUUUGUGAGCAGCUGCAUUCAGGUCCCUGGCUCUUCAAUAGAAGGCUGCAGAGGUUUCUGUUUACCUCCACAGUGUUGUCUCUCACAGGUUUCUCUCUCACGUGACUGUGCUGUUAUUGUUUGUGUUUGUAUGUUUUAAUGGCGCAGGCUGGGAAAUAGUCCCUGCUGUACAUGAGUGUAGAUUGACUGUAAAUCUGUGAGACAGAGUUACAUAAUCCGCUAUAUUCUUGUACGGUGCAGUCAGACAGUAUCUGUAAUUGAUGUAUUUUAUUUGACUCUGCUUCUACGCAGCAGGUUUGAAAUGAAAACACGACUAGUAAGCUUGAAAUGUUGACCCUGACUUUUAAAUGCAUUUGAUUGUCGGCCCCCCUGGGUUUUACAUCCUGUGAUUAGUUGAAAAGCAAAAACACUUGACCCUCUUCAGAGCUCGUACUUUUGCAGAAUUCUGCAGGACUGAAAUCGUGACAAAAGGAGUUUCACGACCAAUCUGUGAUUGUCCAGAUCAGCAACCUGACCUCUUUCCAGCUCAUCAUGUGUUUCGCUCUCUGAAGAGCAGACUGUAGGCAGAAAGUCCCUGAAACAAGCAAGAAGUGCAGAUGGCUGCAGUACAAGCCUGGCAGGGAAACACCAGCAAGAUGCCAACAGUCUACUGAAGUCUAUUGGUCGUAAAAUCAGGACAGACAUUUACAAAAAAGGACUGGCUUCCAAAUAUUAAAUAUGAUGAGAGAGUUUUAAGAAAAAACAGAGCUAGCAGCCAAAAGGUGAAAUUGUAGAUGGUUUGUUUUUCAAGUAUUUCCUUCUCACCUGUUUUCCAAGAUCUCUUUCCCUGAAACUUCUUUCUGCUUGUGACUCAUGAGACAGAUUUGGAAACACACCAACAUUGCUAAUGAGAAAUUUAUUAUCAGUUGGUUAUUCAUGCAGUUAUUUUACUAAAUGUCAUAUUUAUUUAGCUUUUUUAUAUAAUUGAAUUGUUCAGGGAGUGCUCAUAUUCAUUAUUCUCUUUUAUGGCUUUUCCCUGUGUAGACAUUUUUCUUGAUGUCAUUUGUUAACUAGUCAGUAAAAUGUUAUGAUUUGUGAAUUUUUCCAUUAAAUUUGGAUUAGAUCAGAUGCAACAAACUCAAUCGUCCCAGAGAGCAAAUUUGUCAUGGGCGAAAUGGCAAAGGAAAGAUGAAGCUUUAGUGCAACUUGAUGUGUUGUAACACAAAACUGGCAACCACACAAACCCAUCAAGAGGAGCAUAUGAAUAUGAAACAGAAAUGAUAAUUUUCCUGAUCGUGUUUGGAUUUGGAGUGCAUAUUUGAAUAUGAUUUUAACUCCUGCACAGUAAUUUAUAGAUGCAUCAGUAAAAACACUUCAAAUAAACUGAGAGCCAGCCUUUUUAAUCUGCAUCAAAGUUGUAUUAAAUUGUCAGAUUAUAGUGCAGAAUAGACUAUUUUGACUGAGUAGUAGAUUUAAAGCAACUGAUUAGGGCUGAGCGAUAUGGCCUUAAAAUCAAUAUCACGUUAUAUUGAGGAGUUCAAGUCGAUAACGAUAAAUGGACAAUAACUUCUCCCGAAGCUUCUAACCCUCUCCCACAUUAACUUUGUCUACUUCAGCCGCCGCUCCAGCCGCUACAACUUUUAAACCAUCCUCCAUCUCCUCACCUGUCUCUCCCUCUUACUCCACCCUGGAUGGGGUGGAGUCACGUCUCAGAUGAAGGACAGCGUCUUAAAGGGACAUGAGACCAGAGCCUACCUACACACAUCCAAAACCAACUUCUAUUUACUUAUUUAUUUAUUUAUUUGACACCAAAUAUAUUGACAUGGGCAAAAUAAUGUCGGUUAUUGUCGUAAAUUUCUGUAUCAGUAAAUUUUUGGUUUAUCACCCGGCCCUACUACUGAUUUCCAGUUUACAAACUGAACUGUCUGGAACAGACCCUCUCAAAUAACCUCUUUUCUAUAAAUAUGUGUGAAUAACGUGAGAGUCUACUUAAAGUAAAGCAGCAGCUCUCUCAUACAUGGUUUGAACUGAAGGCAGUGACAUUACACAGCAGCAGUUCUGAGCUCAGACGAGCUGCAGAUGAGUGGAGGGAUACAUCCAAACGCAGAGGGCCCCUGGGCUGCUCCCAGCACCCACUGUUUUAGAUGAACAUGUCGAGGUAUUUGGAAGGUGUCGCUUUGAUUCCAGCCUGACAAUCCUCUGACGACUCUUUGCGUCAACACUGCUGUCUGCACAUGUUACAUUUAAGAGGGGCUAUGUGCGAGAAAGAGGCCCUGUGUGGACGUGAUGAAGUGGAUUGUGAGUGUGUUUUUCAGUCUCACUGUGGUUGUAUAAGAAGAAGAGACAGGGGGUGCAUAGAGACGAAGCUAAAGUGUCAGAAGGAAGGACAUGAAUAAACAAACAGAUGAAUAGAUGGAUGCAAAGACAGAGAGAGAAUGGGGGGGGCAGUGUGAGAGAGAGAGAGUCUGAGUGAUGUGAGAGAGGUUGGUAAGGCUCGCCCUGAGGGGCUCCCGCUCUCCUUCUCCAUCCCUCAGGCCUGUGGAGAAAGUCGGCUUCAUGCACAAAUGACUCACAAACUGUUCAGCAGACAGCCCGGAGAGUCUGAGCAGACUCUGUUCUAUAUCUGGCUCUCUGCAUCUCCAUUUAUUUUGCUUUCGCAGUUCCUUUCACCUUCCCUCACCUGUGAAACCUUCCUCUAGGCCCUGUUCUUCCUUCACUACUCAUCCUCUGUGUACAAUUAUCUGGCCCAGCACUAAAGAUGAUCUCUAUUCACAGCACUCUAUACAUGUUUAUUUAAACCUUGUUUGUCGGUCUAUUGAGACCUAUUGUGAUAAGUUAGUUUAUGUAGAUUUAAGAAAUGCAGACAAUUCAUCUCUAUAUUUCUACACUUCCAAUUUAUCAUUGACAAAAUAAUAUACUAUCCAUCUUCCCAAGAAUAAGAUGAUACGAGUGAUAGAAGGUGCCUUUGCUUAGCUUUGGCUUUUUGCUAACAGCUAAAGCUAACAGUCUGUUAGCCUAGCUCAAAACUAGCCUGGCUCUAUUCUGCUUUAACACAACUUGUUAUAUUCAAGUUUGGCUUUAAAGGAAAGUUAAUGAAGAUUUAAAUAGGAUAACUUAAGACUAGGAGGCAGUCGUGAAAAGUUAGUCUGCCUCUUUCUCGUUGUUAGCUAACACUCACUAGCUAACAUGUUCAGAUGUUUUUAAAAACAAAUGUAGGCAACUUAACUAAACGAUUUGGUGCUACAGCUUUUGCUGGACAGACCAAAGCUAGCUGUUUCCCUUUGCUUCGGUGUUAUCGCAAAGCAAAAUGGUCUCAAAGCACCAGGUCAGUUUUUAGCAUCCAGGCAUGUGUAGCAGUGUCAGUCUCCUGAUCCAUUUCAUGUUUCUGAGGUGUUGCUGCUAGCUUAAAAUUUAUCAGGGAGCUGGAUGUCUCACCUGAGCUGAAUAAAAUAGACACAUACAGAGAGAAAAGUUAACUGGCCUUGAAGUACAGAUAUUUUUCAGAAAAGAAGUACCCAUAGGUCGCUUGCCUCGAGUGUUUUUAGUCUUGACUUACUCUGGGAGAUCAGAGUAGAAGAAAAUAGCCAAGCUUGUUGUCUCCAUUCAGUGCAAAACUGAGCUAGUCGUAUGCCCUAAAGCCCAUGUUUCCAUUUUCUAUAGCUUCACAGAUUUUCAAAACCACAUAUCCCUAUCUCAAAGUCCAGAGUAGUUGUCCUUGCAUACAGGGGGACUCUUUUUUUUGUUGAACUCUUCCUUACAUUGUAAAUAAGUGCCCAAGGUCUGUUUAGAGAAUCAACGUGGCUUUGUGACAGAGAAGAUUUUCCUCCCAGCGUCAGAAGCUGGUAGGAUCCGUCUGUGGCGAAGGUCCUUCAACAAACCAAAUGAUUUAUGUGGCUGUUAGGCAAAGGUCCUGGUCCAAGGCCAAGUCUAUCUGCUCAUCAAUAUAAACUGGCUGCUCUCCGGGUGUUGCGCUGGAAUACAAAUAGCUGAAUUUAGAUGUAACCCCUCGCUCACCUGCAUCUAGGCCUGUUAUAAUGAGAAAUCUCUCUCAGCACCUGCUGUGAAAGACGGAGAGAGUGAGGUAGAUAUGAAAAGAGAAAACACAAUAAAAUAGAGAACGCUAUAUUUAGACUUUUUGCCUGUUGAUUUCUACCGCCUGGUAAAUUGCAUCAGUGUCUGAUUACUGAACGAUGCAUGUAUUUGAUCACAGUUGGUGACUCAAAGGGAUCUGAAUCCAAAAUGAACCCUGCUCGUCUGUAAACCAGGAUUAUGAGAGUGUCAGUCAAGUGAAUAGAAACAGAAUACCCAACCUUGAUCAUAAAUGAAAGUACCGGAGAGUACACCUGCUAGAAAGCACACAAAUAAACAUCCAUGUUUUGUAUGUCAACAGAAAUAUUUAUUCAGUCUUCAUAUGUUGACAGUAGAGGUUAAGGUUUCGUAGCAGAGACCCUGAGCUCUUAUCUGAUAGAUGUGGUAAUUCAUUCAGCUAUCAUGUUUGACCUCAGAGACACAAAUACACCAUAACAUCCCUGGUCUGCAUCCCUGGAGGCCAGUCCUACAUGCCUUGUCCAGCCAUCAUCCUUGACCUCAUGCACAUGUCUGUUGGUACAGACGCAGGUCCACACACACAAUCCCCACUAAAACUUCACCAAACCAUUAUCCAACACUCAGCGGACUCAGCUACUCUCCUACAUUAGCGCCCAGCCUCAUCCUGUCAAACACAGACACGGGACAGAAGCUGUUGGCGGAAGCUGGGUUUUGACUGUUAGUGUUAAAUGGGAGCAGAGUUUCCUGCAGAUCCUUCACUUGACAGACGAGAGCUGAUGGAGCAGUUCUUGUUGGGGUCGUUAUUUCUGAUGGGGCCAGGGGAUCUGUGAAGAUGGAGUGCUGUUUUUCUGAGCUGGGACUCCCUCUGGGUGAAGAACUCAAACUCUGCAGAUGAUAAAUGUCUGGGGGGAAAUCUGUGAGCAAAAGAAACUUUUUAGCUUUUUCACUGUUGGUUUCAGAUGGUUUUACACCACACGCCUUUCUUUGUAAGGAGUUUUACAACACAUAAGAAUCAUUAGUAUCAUUAAUACUCAGUAGUUGACGUUUUAGCCAUCAUGACCCAUGAGACAGAUAGAAACAUGCUCAGUCAGUCACCACCAGGGGCUUUUUUCACUGCAUUCUUUAAUCUUGAAAAUUCUUUAAUGUCACACAAAAACCAGUGCUUCAAAUAAAAUGAGGUGACCCAAUUACUCACCAAAAAAGCGCACUACCAUUUGCUUAAGGGAGAUGUUAUCUAUCUCAAAGUUAUUACAUAUUUUAGUGAAAUAUCACAAGUUUGUCUUCCUCAGACUUAAUGAGAUCAAAUCCCAUCACAAGUCUUUGAAUUGGGGAAGAUUUAUAAUGAAAUUCACAAUCAGCACUCCUUCAGAUACAGUCAGAGGAGUUUGCUCAAGGCCAACUUUGAUGAAUUGUUCACUUCCCCUGAGUUGUUUGUUGUGUUUAGCAUAUGAAAACAUGACUUGUGAAAUAGAGUGGCCAUAGCUGAAGCCAGUGUAAUCAGAGCUCAUUCAGACUUGGCUGAGAAAGAGUGUUUGGAUCAGUGCAGCUGGCACGCACUUUUAUUUUACUUUAGCAGUGUUUGUGCACGUGUGGGGGGUGUACUCUGGUGAAUAAUGUGUCUGAUUUGGAUCAUAUCCUUUAUGAUCUGUGUGAAUCAAGAGAUAGAAACAUGUCAAAUAUCAAACCCAAGCCAAUCCAAGUCCUUUUACCACUGUUUACAUGGAUAGAAAAUCAAUCAUCUGUAAUGUCAUUAAAAACUGUAGAUUAAAUUCCUUUAGUGGUUUAAUAAGCAAAUGACCAAUAUUUUACAUGCUAAUAUCCUAUGUAAAUAUUACAGACCCACUUUUAUGAGAAAUUAUGACUAAAACUGACUCAAGAUUAAAUCUACCACUUGAUGACACAAACUAUCAUGAAAGACACCUCGUCACUUUGACAGCCACUGCUCUUGCUGGUAUUGCAAGAGUGGUUCCAUACAUAAUGCAGGAAUUAUUCUAAAUAUCCUGCAGGGAGUUUUAACCAGUUAUGACAAAGUCUGAAAUUGAUGCAACUAAAUAACCCACACUGGCAAAGAAAACUGCUUCUCCAAGCUGGAGCCUGUAUAAGAUUAACUGGGUCAAAGAGCAAAACUGUCCCGGUCUGAUUCAUCAAAAUCUGACAUUCUUUUUGGAGAUACCCUUGCAAAUUUGGGUAUCUGCAGGUAUUACAAUAGCAUGGCUCUGAAGUUAAAGAGUCCAGGUGCUAUACUGGCCUACAUGCAGUCCUAACAUGUCAAAAAUAUGACAAAAGAGAGCUUGAACUGUGGAUUAGCUAAGAGGUACACAAGGCAAGAAUAGUACAGUAUUUCACUAACAGGACUCUAGAAAGUAAUCUGCUCCGUUCCCAAACUUUCUCUGUUGAAAUAAGAGGUGAUGCAACACAAUAAUGAAUAAACCCCCGUCCCAACUAUUUCGACAGUGUUGCUCUAAAGUUAAAUAGUGCUCACAUUUUCUCAAAAUAAUAUCAUUAUAUAUUUUUUUUCAGUGUCAACAUUUGAUACGUGGAGUUUUUUCUGUUAAAUAUUGGGUUUAAAUGAUUUCCAAACCAAUUAUUUCUGUUUUUUAAACAUUUUACACAGCCUUCCAUUUUUCCGUUUGUGUAAUUAGGGAUGCAGGAUGAGAUUAAAAAACAGCACACAACCAUCCUAUUAAAAUAAAAACUCUGACUUAACUGUAUCAGAGUUUAAUAAAUAGGGACGUCUGAUGGUUGUUGAAUUAAUUUCUUACUGCCGUUUUCACACAUCAAUAUUGGUGAAACUGUUUCCCUCUGCUGUCCUGUAGUGUCUCUUCUUCAGAAAUGUCUUUGUCUGACCUGUUGCACUGUCAUGCAGGAUCUUUAAUAAGAAUGAAUUCCUCUUGCAGAACUUGUUUAGCAUUUUGGAAGAGUAAACUCCUGAUUGUGUCAUUAAAAAAAGACCGCCAUGAUUUGAUUUUCUCACACUUUGAAAAGGACUAUUGUUUGUGUCCUCUAUGUCUGAAAUUGGAUGGUGAGUCCUUUUAGAGAGCAGUGGAGGGGAAAUGAUUUGUAUUCACCUGCCGUAUCUGAAUGGAGCUGAGGAGGGGCCGAGAAAGAGAGCGAGAAAGUGGGGGGGGAUACUACAUAGUGCCUCCUUUAUGUGAUAAUGGAUUGCUCUGACAUUCACACACAUUGUGCUGUGGUGUGUCUAUCAGUCAAUACUGCCAAACUCGUGAAACGAAUGGCAAAUUUAAACAGAGGCCAUUAGAGAUCUGUCAUGCGCUGACACAUCAGGUGACACAAUCAAGCCAAAAUGGAGAAAUGCAGCACUUACACAUGUAACAUAUGUGUUUUUCCUACAUCCAAUCCAGAAAAUGAAUACUUUUUCUAUCUUUUUUUUAUGUAACUGCACUCUCUUUUAUUGGUCCGGCUGGGCAACUGGAUUCUUCUGUCAGCGGCACAAAGGAGACAAAGUGGAACCGAGGACGGGCAGUAAUGAGCAACUCCUCUUACAGUGUUACAUAUAGAGCAACUGCGGUGCGGGGACGCCUUCAGGAGACAAUGGAGGGUUUUGAGAGGUCUGGAGCCCUCUGAAGCCCCUCUUUGAUUGAGUUUCCUGGCACUGGGAUCCAGUGUUGGGGCUGAUUGUGGAGUGGGAGCAGUGGGUUUUUCGAGGAGGGGGGUUAGGACCCUCCUCUGCGCUGACCUUUCACAGACACAGGUGGGGUGGAGUGGAAGGGGCGAGAGGAGGACGAGGAGGAGGAGGAGGAGGGGAGCGGUAGGAGAGGUCUAUUGUGAUGCUCCGUGAAUGCAGAGGUGGCACUCAAUAACACUAGACCUUGCUGCCUCAGUCCACCUGCCUCGGAUUUUCUCACCGUUACUCUAACACUGGCAAAUAAUGUGCUGAAUAGAGUCAGUUAUCUGAUGUUUGCUGUUGAUUAAAUUGGACAGUAGCAAGCAUAACAAGUUCUCAGCUUGCAAUAUUUAUAAAUUUGUGCAAUAAACAACUCAAAAUUGGGAAAAAAGUAACCCUUGAACUUGUUAUUGUUGUUGAAAUCAUUUUGGAAAAAGGAGAGAAAUUAUGUGUAUUAAAGUCAUGCACUAGACAGAAACAGUGGAGCCAAUAUGCAUUCUUAAGUGCAAGUCAUAAUAGGGCUGGGCAAUAUGGCCUUAAAUCAAUAUCACAUUAUAUUGAGGAGUUCAAGUCGAUAACGAUAAAUGGACAAUAACUACUCCACAAGCUGCUCACCACCUCCCACAUUAACUUCGUCUACUUCAGCCGCCACUCCAGCCGCUACAACUUUUAAACCGUCCUCCAUCUCCUUACAUGUCUUUCCCUCUUUGUUACGGACUGGAUGGGGUGGAGUCACGUCACAUCUUUGACAUAGCCUACCUACACACAUCCAAAACCAACUUUUAUUGGUGUUAUUCAUAAGGUGACACACUUCUUUUACACACCAAAAUUGUGCUUCAACAUGUAGUAGUGCAAUGAUGAGUACUUCAGAGCUUCAGAAACGGUCUGCAAAGUAGCUAUUUUCAAUUCUCUUGAAGCACAGGUGAUGCAAAUAUGAGCAAAACAACACUCCUUUAUCACUGCCUAUUUAAUUGUGCGUUAAUUAAUCCUCCAGGCGUCCACAGGCUAAUGGUAUACUUGGAGCCUUGCUACACAAUGCCUCACUGGUGUUAUUCCUCAGUAUGGCCCUGUCCAAAACCUGAAGCCUCAUCUCCUGUUUUAAAGAAGAGUUCCUCACUGAUGCUAUUCAUAUUAGCUCUACCCCAGACAUCUGGACAGUGAGUGUGGGUCCUGUUGGUAUGUUGAGCCUUACUGCUGAGUAGAAUUAAAGCAUUGGAUUUUGUGUGAAAUUCUGGUACUGGGAAGUUCUUUCUUCACAAAGAAAAUACAUAAAGUGUAAAAGUCAUGCAGCCCUAGUGAGUUUGUCUUUUGAGUUAAAAUACUUUCCUCCUCUUAUUUCUGUAAUUUAUGCUCUUUUUUGAAGACAGUAUCACAAUCUACACUGUGGUAGAUCAAGACAGUUUGAACUCUUGGACAUUUAUAUUUCCCUCCUUUCUAAAUUAGCAACAGCUGUAAAGGCUGAAUUUCACUGCCAUGAAGUCUUGGGGAUAAAAGCCUCAGUUACUCCUAAUUCAUGUUUGAUAAAAUUUCAUAUGUCGGACGCACAAAUUAGGCUUGGUAAUUAAAUUGCAUGUCCUGUCUUUAGAGGCUAUUGGUGGCCUGGUGUUUUAUUCCAACAUCUGUCAUGGAUCAUUCCUCACUCUCUCUCUCUUCCUAGUUUUCUAAUUUAUCCUGCUAUCCGCCCAGUAAAGCCUAAAUAAGGUGUUUUGCGUUUUAGAGGCAAACAUUUUUCUUGGUAUGAUGGCUGUUUAAUCAAAGAGUCAAAGUUCAAGGUCCAAUUUUUUUAAUGAAGAAGUAAUCCAGCAUUGAGUUGCACACUGCGUACAAAGAGGAAUGUAAUUUGAAAAGGACGUCUGUUCUUUUUGAGCACAUUUAACAUUUCUAUGAACUGUUAUCAGAGACUGAAAGAAUAAGAUAUCUUCUCCUUUUAUGCUUUCUGUUACACUUCAGAAUCGUCCAACUCCCUCAUGGUCUAUUCCAGCAUGCCUAAUGCGGCCCCGUCAUGGCCUCGGGGUAAAAAAGAUUUUCCUAAUAAGACUAGACUUUACUGGUCUGUCCACCUGCUACUUUCUCCCCAGCAAAUUACAUGUUCUAGUACCACGCAGCAGUAACAGAUUGUUCCAGCGCACAGUCAGCGUUCACGCUUUGUUAUCUGAUGUUGUCGGCAGAUUUUGCCAGACUGAAUGGUACCAUACAAAGUGCAGACAGCCCUCAAAAAGCCAUCACUGCCUGCCUGUACUGUAUCAGCACUAUUCAGGUUCCACCAGAAGAGUGUUUAUAUACAGUAGUGCUUUUCCAGAAAGGCCCGGGCUGUGUCAACUGUUGACCGGGAGUAAUCACACGUUGACUCUUUUCUCUCGCUAACGUUGCCCACGGGAGCUCCUCUGCUAGAAAUCAUCACGCUGGCUAGUUUUUAAGCAUCUGAGGUGAACAUUUCCUCUGCUGCCGUUCCCACACACUCUUUCCGUGGCACCCCUAAGCUUAAAGUAAACCCCACAUAUUGGCCCCAUCUUGAGAGACCCUUCUCAUGUUGAGAAAUCCAUCCGGUGCAGACAUGGUGGCAAACUGAGAUUCUAAUCAUACCUCUUUUGUUGAGCACAGAGGAGGUUGAGAUGUUUUUCAGGACCGAGCAGAUGUCAAGCGUACAGUUUCACCCUAAGGUUACUCAUGAGAUGACAAAUGGGUCCGGGCCUCUUUGUCCUCCUUUUUUCCUUCCAUACGUCUGUGUUUGAUGAGAGGGUUGACAUCUUUUUGUCAGCAUGGAGAUCUGUGAACACAAGGGUAUCACCAUGGAUACAGAGUGCCCCUCUCAGAGUGCAAUUUUGAGAAGAUCUACUCUGCUAAAAAGUAUAUGGAGUGACCCUAUAUUUAGCUCUAAAGCAUUUUCAUGCAUUUGCUCAAGUAGGAGGAUUAUGGAUGAUGUUGUGCAACUAAAAUAACAGUGUUGGUCUCUGAUUCUGUGUUUGUGUGAUUGUCUCUGUCUGCUUUCUAGAAGGGUUUGCUUAUGUCCCCACAGCAGAUUGAUUUCAUGUUGAUUACUCUUUCGAAACUGUUAUGUUUCUGCAGCUGAAGUGUGUCUUGUGACAGUGUAUGAAGAGGGGUUUUUUUAAGUUCCUUUAGCUAUUCAGACACCAGUUGGAAUACAGUCCUCCCACUCUCCUGCGUUUUUCUCAUUAUAAUGAACUGCUGCUUAGCAUACGAAUAGCUUAAACCAUAACACACUCAUGUGGCGGGCCGGCAUAAUCGAGCUCCAUCUUCAAAAGUCUGGGGUUCAUACGCUGACCUUUGGAAUAAUUUGACAAACAUAAACAGGAAGGAUGCAUUUGCAAAUAGUGAAUUUGAUUCAGAUAUUCAAAAGCAGAACUACUGGGAGAUUUUAAACAUCCCAUUUUUAAAGUGUAAUUACAGUGUCGGGAUUAGCUGUCAGAAAAGGUCGAGGUCAGAUCCUCAGUUGCUCGUUUUGGCUUGUACUUCUGAACUUCUUUAUAAUGAAUGCUUUCUAAAGCGUCUCCACCUUAUCCUCAAACUUCUCCAGUAAUGAACGUCUAAAUAAAUAAGGUCAGAGAAGCACACAAAUACCCUUUAGGGACUUAACUUUUCGCCAACUUGCUGUCAUUAUUGCACUAUUAACUAAUAAUUUAUAGCUUUUGCUGCACUGUGACCUAGAAGAAAGACCUACAAGAGGGGGAAAGAGAGGGCCUCACACAUCCAUCCAAUCAUAAAAAGGCUAUCAGAGGAGGCGCCGCUUAGCGAGGACAUGACAAACCGACCAUAAUGUCAUAUUUAGCUGGCCUGCAAUGAUAAAGAUGAAAGCAAAAUUGCCCUUCGCUUCCAUUCAGGUUGAACAGGCAGGGAUUUCCUCCUCAACACAGCCGUCCCAUCUAGUGGUGCCUCUUCCAUCUGCAUGCUAAAGAGGAGCCUCCUCUCAGAAGUGCCGGCGCCGGCAGUGAUUAGCAUUUGGGCAGAGGGGGACAGAGCGCGAACCCCGGAGUGUUCUUGGCAUGUACAGGGAGGAAGCCAAAUGAAUGCCAAUGUGCGGUGCGCUGUGAAAAGAGGAGGACCAAGCAAAUUGCCGGACACAUUGCAUUAGUAGCAGAUGCCCAUUAGCAUUAAAGGUGGUGGUUGAUUGAUAGCUGGGUCACAAGGUUUUAACAGGAGGAAGCUGCAGCAGGGAUUUAAAACUGUGUCUUCAAAAAAUUAAAGGUACAAAGUGGAAAAAUGUGAAUAUUUAACGAUAUCUAGCAGUUAGAUUUUUAAUUGAAAUGCUCCCUUGCUCACCCCUCAUAUUGGUGAGGUGACAGUCCCCUUUAAAGGCAUGGUUGACGAUCUGAGAAGCAGUUGAAAAAACUGGGCCGUUAUGGUAGAUUUGGAAAACGUGUCCCACCCCCCACACACAAACCUCUCCCCUCUGUGCUCCACGAUAACUCCCUCCCCGAUCCUGUAUCGCCUUCCCCAUGACACACCCCCUCUGGCAGAGCAAGAAGCCGGCUGGCAGAAGAUCCUACACUAGCUUCAAAUAGGAUUCACCAUGUUGGAUUGCUAGUGACUAGCGGCAGUACGCCAACUCUGCUAGCGAGCACUGUCUGCAGCUGCCUGGACAGCUACCGUGUUGAGAUUGCAGAGACUAAUAAGAGUUAUUUUUGUAACACGUGCCACGAUAAAAGGCAAAAAUUACCUGUUCAAUAAAAACUCUGCUGUCUCGGCAUCUGUUUUCAGGCCUGGAUCCUGGUGGAGCUUUCUCCAACACUCAAAGGAUGACCGAAGUCCUCGCUUGGUCACAUUUCCUUUUCGUCUCUGCCCUUUCUUUUGUCGGCUUGCGUUUCCUUACCAAUUUGGCGGUGGAGCAAGCAGAAGUGGGGUUUGUUUUGUGUCCUUUUCCAUCUCAGCCCCUGUAGCUAAGCUGCUACGCUACUUUUAGCUGCUCAGAGCUCGGAGGAGGGCUGGGAGAGUGGGAGGGGACGAGUCCGAACUACGGGGAGAGGGGUGUGUCGAAUACAGCGAGCAGGAGAUUGACCAAUAGGAGCUGUCCGGGACGGAUGGCUCCCAUUGGUCAAUGUUUUUGCAGCCCUGCACCUUCAAGGGUGAACAGAUUUUUUCCAUUCUUUUUUCUCUACACUUUGUUGAGAUCGCACUGCAAGACCAUGAUCUCCAUAUAAAUGAGGUUCAUAAUAUUUACCGAUCUCUCCAACUGUCAACCAUGCCUUUAAGGAUAAGAAGCUUCUAUGGUGCAUGAUAGGUAUGAUCAUCCAUUGGCCAAGUUUUCACCUCCAAAUAGUGGUAUCAACACAAAUUCUUGAUCACAAUCCCUCUACUCAUCCUCCUCUUCAAAACCAUGAAUUUUGAGCUGAUACUCACAAAAUACAAAAAUGCUUGUGUGACUAGUUUGUAGGCUAAGGCUUCUUCUAUGUUAACAAAAACAAAGCAAUUUUUAUAUUUAGGCUGUUGAACUCUAAUUCAAACUUCUUUAGGACUUUACGCUAAAUGCUGUUUUAUCCUACAUACUGCCUACAUUCCCCAUAAUGCACCAUGAGUUUUUUCAUCAGACCUCCCUGCUUGGUGAACCUGCAUGAACUCUGCUUGAGUAGUUUGCUCCUCGUAUUGUUUGUUAAAAAUCUCUCAGACUCUGCGCUCACACUUCAAACUAAGUGCCCCUUCAAAACAUCAUAAAUGGAUUCCACCUCCAUGUUUUGGAGGAUUUUUGAGAGAAACACGAAUGAAGAUAAACGAUGGAUUUAAAGUUCACAGAGCACAUAGAGAAAGGGUUCUCACUUUACUGUCUGGAUAAAAGGGCGCUCGCUUGUUUUUGAGCUGCAGGGUCUUCCUCAAAAACACGACCCCGAUUCAUAUGUUAACCAGCAAUUAUUUGCAUACGGUCCCUCAAUUAUAAAAGCUAAUGAGGAGAUUAUGGGAAACACAUGCUGGAGCCGUCCCGCAGAAUGUCUAUUGUGAUCCUGUAGCUGCUGAUAAAAGGCCUGUGAGAGGUGUUAGUCAAAGUCAGUGAACAUUCAACCUCAUACAUCAAAGCUGUAACUCAUCUCUGCUAAUGUCUAUCCAGUACAUUAGCUGUGAAUCCAAAGCUCAUUUAGACAGCUAGAUGGUAUAAGUAUAACGAUCCUUUUAGCAUCUGCUUUAAAUGACUCACAUAAGACUAUUAAUUAGAAAUGUAACUCCAUAUAUAACACGUGCAAUGUGAAUAAAAUUUGAUUCCUUCAUGAAAUAUCCCCUGCAUCUUUUACACCAAGGCCUUUCAUGAAACCUCCUGCUCCCUAUAGAUGCUUAAUAGCACUGAGGAAUAGGCCCUUAGCCCCGGGCAUGAAUACCAUACAACGAUGUCUUGAACUACAGCACGAGCACCCGGCAGCCUCAGAAAAAUAAACUCUCCCAACCGUAUCCGUUUUCUCAUCACCACCUUCCUGAGAGCCGAGCCAUUCUCAUCAUUAUACCCCCACAUUCAGCCGUCUGUAGGGGAUCCCUGCUGCUCCAUUAAGGCCAUACGGAGGCUCACAAACCUCUGAUUGCAUGAACUAUCAAUAGCGCUGAUUAUAGGAGUUAAUUAGGCGGCUUGGCAUGAGAGAAAGGCUUUCAUUUUCAUCAUAGACGUUAAAAACUGCACAGCACUGAUGCAACAGCAGCUAUCCUGUCACUGUUACAGGGUUGCGUCAGCAUUGUUUGGCACAGGAAAUGGCAAUAUCCUCACUAUUGGGUAGCAUUCAGCGUAUGGAGUAGUACUAUCUGUUGCUGUAAGGGAAUUUCAAUUGGGCUUUCUCCCCGCUGACUGCUAUUCAUUUACACCGUGCUGCGCUCCAAUUCUCAGUGCUCGUGCCCCUGUCAGCUCCAUCUGUGUCCUCAGAGAUGUGUCGACCCUCACGUCCUGCCGAACAACGUGCGUGAAUGCGAGUGUGUGUGUGUCCCGUAUGUGCUACGUCUUUCUGACAUGUGCACAAAACCAAUUAGUUUUGGGAUGGUGAAGUAGCUUGCCAUGGGAAAAUGACAAUGAAGUAAUUGAAGAGGCCGGCUGAAUGAGAGGCCAGACAGCUCAAUGCAGCUGUUACACAAGUGCAGAGUGUUUUCUCCAUGGACGGAAUGAACAGAGAGAAAAGGGAGUUCUAAGUGAAGGUGGUCUUGUGUAGUUGUAGACAGUAAUUAACGUUACAGCUCUUUUAUUUCACUGGCAUUCAUUUUAAGGGAAAAACACAGCUAGUCCUGUAGUCGCAUUAAAAGGUCCUUAACAGUGGUCUUGCAGGCUGUAGCUCAUUUAACACAAAUCCAAUUUGUUUUAGAUCAAAGCAAACCAUUUUGCACUCUGUGCUGCUGCUGUCAAGUAAGAAUAUGUUUUUAAACAUUCACUUUAAUCAUGCCGUUCUUUGCACUGGACAUAAAUCAACUUGCAGACUCUUAAAAUGUGCAAAACGUGUGAACAUCCAGUCAGCAUCAGUGUUUGACUGACAUAUAAAUUCAGCAUAAACAUAAGACUUUAAAAGUUAAUGUAGAUUUGAUGUUUACUGUGAGGGGAUAUUUAACUUCAGGUGCCUUGCAGAAAAGUUUAGCAAAGUUGCACAAAAUGCUCUCAACUCUGGAGCAUGCAGUUCAACUCAUCAGGAACUUAAGCAGGGAGUCUUCUGUACAAUAAGGUUAGGGGCCAUAAAACCCAGUAGUAUUGCUCCAGUGCUGGUACACUCCGUGCACAUACAGCAGAGAUAGGGUUGGAAUUAGGGGUGGGAGAAAAAAUCUAUAUAACAUAGUAUUGCAAUAUUUUGUCUGGUGAUAUAUCGUAUCGUCUCAUUUACCAAUUAUCGAUGUUUCAAAUUAAUUGCUAAUGUGAAGUCAAAUCUUAGAUAAUGGAAAAUUAAAAUCAAUGGUCCAGUGAGGUUGACAGAGGUCACAUCAUAGAGCAGGAGAAAGUUAGUUCAACAAAUAUAUAUAUGGUUUGCAAGAUGUGCUACAUGAAAAUAAAAUACAGUGUAAAUAAGACAAACGUAAAGGAAAGACAAAUGCUAAAUUAGCUAAACAGUUGAAAAAAUUAUAUAAAUCACAAUAUAUUGUAUUGUAAACAUAUCGUAUCGUUGCCAAAGUAUCGUGAUGGUAUUGUAUUGUGGGGCCACGAGUGAUUCCCACCUCUAGUUGAAAUAACGCAAAGAUGACACGACACGACAUGAUAUGAACUUUAAAACUAAUAUUGCUUUAGCAAAGGCAACUAUUUGCGAAAUGUAACAUUAUCAUUUCAAAAAGUUAGUACAUCCUUUGAGCUCUAUGGAGUUCAAACUUGUCAACUGCUGGUCUGGUGCUCUGGCAGUUGUCUUCACGGGAUUGUGUGACUUUUAUAUUGAAUUUCUCAGCAAGACAGUAGCUCUGUUUAUCCUCUCCUUAGCUUUUUUUUCUAUUUUGAAAAAUAACUAGAGAUCCUCCCUGUCGUGUUUCUUUUUAAGAGACAAUUUCCUGUUCGAUAUUAUCUGACGGCUGACAGCUUUUGGCUCAGCACUUCCAGCUGCUCUGUGUUUUUGCCCGGGCCUCAGCAGUCUGCACACCACACUGAGCUUUAUUUACUUUGGCUACUCCAGUUCUGUCAGCGCAAGAUCCAUUGAAAUGUUCAACAAUUGUGAAGUACGACUUUUGAUUGUGUGUCCCCUUGAAGAAUCGUAUAUUCAGAUGAGAAAUGGGCUUCAUAGAGUGGCCUCUUCUUUAAGAUACUGGGAUACUCUUGUUUAUGCGAAGAAUACACUGAUUAUGCGAGAUUUGGCCUUAUCCCAGAUCUGUAAAGUGACGGUUUUAGAGUAAGAGAAUGUAAAUCAAGUGACUUUAUCUGAACAGUGGUGAAGUGUAGUCUGGCUGUCUUUGGUUGUUUUCGUACCCGAUGUUCAGACAGGAUGUCAGGAGUUUUAAGCCCUUGUGGAUAGUUUCCACUUGAGCUUCCACUGUGGGGCCUCUCAUCACUGUAGUUCACGGUAAUAAUGAUUAUAAAACACUUACACUCAGGUGAAUACAGAAUCACAUAUACAGUACACACACCGACCAGCUAGUGCUGAGCUGCUACAUCUCAUUCAGUUGGGAGAUAAAUCCUGGAUGGGGUUCUGGCUCUUUUCCAGAUAAAAACCGCAGGUCUUUGGGGUAUUCACCAUAAAAUGUCAAAUGAGCUCAGUUAUUCACCCACUGUCACAAGCCAUCCUUUUAUAAUGUAACUGCUGCACUGUUGGGAUCAACUGUUGUUCCUUUUUUCUUAUAAAUUAUAGAGAUUUUUAUCACUUUUUACAUUAACAAAAUUGAGCUGGCACUGAGAAUUCAUUACUAUGCAAAACCUUUUAAUUCACCACCGAUGAAUUUUGAGCAAAUUACAUCUGAUUGUAACUUUCUUGAACAGCAAGUUGAAAAUUAAAGUGGGUUUUCAGUUUGUGUGAGUUUAGCUCCCCUGCCUGCAGGCUGCAAAUGAAUUUGAUUAAAUUGCCCCCCUCUAGGAUCUUUUGUGUCAAAUCCCAAGCUGAUGGUGUCCGCAGCUGAGUGAUUGGCCGCCCUGGGCGGAUAGUACAGGCCCUCCCCAGGGAGGUGUUGCUGAAGCCAGGGGCAGCAGACAUUGGCCUCUGUCUCUUCCCGAGCCACCAGGCACCAGCUCUGAAUCAUGACUGCAGGGCAGUGUUAACAAAUACAUCAGUUCCCCAAGGAGGUCCGGGCCUGGGUUUGGCUGCUCGGCUGUGUAGCCGCUGGUCUCAGACUCUAAUGCUUCAUCUGCGGCCCCUGAACCAACUCACAUCCAAAGGCAGGAGGGCAGUACAUGCACGCUCUUCCAUAUUUAAUGGCCUCAAUUUGAUUCCUACUAUCCCGAAUUUGAUGUGCUUUUCUGAUAACACAGCAAAUUAGCCUUCCUGAGCUCUAAACUAAGCUGUGACAUUUUCAUGCUGCACCAACCAGAGGGUGCCUGGGGUAGGACAGACAAGAGAGAUAGAAACAGGUCAGACUGUGGGUAUUUGAAGACAGAAAAGGACGCCUCCCAAAGUUAUUUUUCCUGGUUCUUUUUGCUAAUCAUCUGCAAGCUGUUCUCACAUUUCAUUAAAGUACUGAAUUAUUCUGAUCAUUUCUUUGGACUUAGACUGAAAUAUGCAGAUGAAUAUGAAUUAAAUAGAGCAAAGUCAUUUUGGCUGAGUAGCUAUUACCCUCUGGAGCUCUGGUCAAACUGCAGUGAUUACACUGACAGUGAUUAUUUCAACAUUAGCAUUUUGCUUUUAGCAGUAUUAUAAAAAAAAAAAAAAACUGUAAUUGCAGAGUGAAGGUGUGCUGAGGCAACUCUGAGCUCACUGGCAACAAGAGACCCGGUGAGUUUACUACAGGGCUCCUGUUGUUAGGGUCACCUAAGAUGCUCAAUUGGAACAGAUUUUUCAGUUAUUAAAAAAUUAAGCAAAUAUGAUUUCUACUUUGCCUCUUUUAUGGAAUUUUUUUUAAAUGCUAUUCAAAAAAGUUAGAUUUUGUGUUUGUGCUUGCAUAAAUACUUAAUACUGCCUCUACUAGGGCUGGGUGAUAAAACAAUAAUGAUAUAUAUCGAAAAUUACUUUCCCUUGAUAACAAUAUAAAACAUGACCAAUAUGCUUUUCGAUAGUCGGCAUUCUGCCAUGUUUUGGUAGGCUUUACGAAUAGCCAAUGAAAAGGGGAGUUUCUGCGGGUCAACUUCGCGCUGAACAAAUCAUGUGCUGAAUUACAACCAAGUAAAAAAACAACUGCGUAGUAGCAGGCAGCAGCUACACGCAACCAUAGCGCUUUAACUCCAAAAACAGCUGACCAUUCAUUUUGCUUUAUCCAGCACAACGCCUGGACAUGCUACCAAUAAGCACUGUUAAAAUUCAUUUUUAAUAUCGUGAUACAUAUCAAUAUCGACUGAUAUGAAAAAAAUAUAUUGUGAUAAACUUUUUCCCAUAUCACCCAGCCCUAGGCUCUACAUAAGUAGUUGAGCAAUUCCAGUUGCAAAAGUCUGGACGUGCUCCAGGUUCAAAACAAUACACAGGUUUCUGUUUAUAUCCUGGUUUAUUUGCAGGUCAUCCACCACGCCACGUUAAUGAACAUGUAUCUCAUAAUUGGCCAUUAGUCUGUGGCUAACUUGCCCUUUGUCAGUAUCUGUAUCCUGUAAACAACAUCCUGCUGAACUUUGAUCAUCUGUCUUCAUUGAACAGUGUCGCCUGAGAUGUCAGAGUUCUCAGAUCAGUCCAAUCACUCGCGACGUUUCCCUCUACACACCACUCAUGAAAGAAUGAUGGUUCAGUGUCUGAAAUCUGGCCUCACUGCAAAUCACCUCAGUCAGUCAGUCAGUCAGUCAAUCAAACUGAUGAAGCCAAGAGUGAAAUGGAUGGGGAAGUCGGUGUCCCCAUGUCUGGUCCCUUGGCAUGUCAACUGGCGGCUCAUGUGAUUAAUAUGGCAGAGAGGUCUGAUGGUGGCGGUGGUGAUUAGCCAAGCAAAAUGAGCCCAUGUGGAUCACAUUGGACUGUGUUGGAGAGCUCUGGAUCAAAGGGAUAGCUUCCAGCAAACUGCACUGCAUGACAGCCUACAUUGAUCUGAAGCCUUGGUUAUAUAUGUGUGUCUCUUCUGACAGCCAAUAAACACAAAAAUAAAACUCACAAAACGAGUUUCGUGAUUGAUGGCUGCAGUAACCAUAUGUGCUUUUCAAUCCAGUCAUCCCUCUUCUUCAGACAACCAUCUCUGACCGUCUCUCUCUCUCUCACUUUCUCUCCCUGUAGCUGUGGAUGAACACGUGUCCUCUCACAGUGCAAUAGAGCAGAGAGGCGGGGCAUCGCUGUUUUCCGGGUCAGACCUUUGCGUCACACACGGAUGAUGGAGAGGAGGAGGAUGGAGGCAGCACUGCUGGUGCUGCUCCUGGUACACCUGGUCGCUGCGCUGGAGGUCCCACUAGACCGUAAGGCAACAAAUAGAACAUCACACAACAUAUUUAUGCUCAAGAGAAAUAAGGAGACUAAUUCAGGUUUCAGUAUUUUAUUUCUGAGGAUUUACAGCGAGUCAAUUAACUGAUAAAGUAAAUAAAUGAAAAUCCAUUUGCAUUGGGGCUACUUAUUGAAUUAGCCUUCCAUCUGCAAACUGCAGCUUUUUGAAAGUUGUGUUUUUGCAGCUUUUUCUUUGCCCCAUUUGACAAUAAUUUGGACAAAAUACAGAUAAAAUAUGAAAAUAAAACAUUAUACUCAAAAACAGGUUUAUUUGUUUUCAUGCCAGAAGUUACAUGAGAGUGUAGGUGCCACUGCCCAGCACAUAAGACUUUAUAAAAUUAAAAUAUUUAUCCUCUUAUCUUCCAAAGUUGUUUUCUCUAACUGAACACUGUCACAGUUUAAGGGCCUGUGUCCACUUAUGGUAAUUUUCUGCAUUGGCAGCACCUAUUUUCUAUACAAAGACAACAAAGCUUAACUUUUGGAACACAACCACAGUCAUCUUCGUCAUCCAAUCAAUCAAAGUCAAGAGUGGGUUGGACUUCUGGUAACAACUUUGUCAGCAACAAAGAUGGAGGUCAGUAACACUGGGAGAGAAUUAGACCUCACUUGAUCUGUGGACCGUAGACCUCCCUGAUCUCCCUGAUCUUUUUAGGAUUCCAUUAAAUCCUUAAAAAAAGAAAACAUACAGCAGGUGCCGAGGGGCAGCUUUGUAACCUAGCAACAACUAAUGCUGGUAAGAAGCUGUUUAGAAUUGAGGCGGUAAAGAUGUUGUUAGUGGACACAGGCCCUUACAGCUAAGGUAGCAACUAAAGGUCAGUUGUUGUUUUUAAAUAAUGAUUCAUGAGCUAAGUGGUUUUGAAAAAUCCACUUUAUUUGAGUGAGUCAGACCAGUCCACAACCUGAUUAUAUGCAGCUUGUACGGUACACUUAAUUUGUAGAGAGUGACUCAUGCAGUUGUUCAUUUCUUCCGACUAUCUACCUGUAUACCUAAACUCACUGUCAGUAACAGUUGAUAAUUUAUUAGUGGGGGAAACUAUUCGCCCUCGUUUUGGAGAGUAAAAAGUAUGAGAACCAGUUUCCAUCCUGGUCUCUAAGACCACAUACUGAUGUCACUCAGCUGGCAGAUUUCAGUCUCAUUCUUUGGUUGGAGCUACUGACCGCUGGAGCCUGAAAACGGACCUCCAUUAAACCUUGUGAGAGGCAGAAAUAAUAACACAAGGAGAUUAUUUUUCACCACUAAUGUCUGGUUUUCUUUGCUGUCACAAUUUGUUCUUUCUUGUUUGCUGAUUCUUGGAAAAAAAAAAGUUCUGGAAGGAUGUAAGUCUGAAACUAGUGUGAAUUUCUUGCAGAGGUUGUGCUAGCUGUUUGUUUUUAUGCAGUGCAUCAAAGGUUAUAUUUAAAUGUACAUGACUUGUAUUUUAAAUGCUUUAUGUUUUAAGACUUAAAGUGUGAUUUGGAGUGGGCUUUAGUAUAUAUCGCAUGCUUCGUUUGCUGUUUCUGUGUUUCUGCAGUGGUAGAGUUAUCCCAUAGAGUAAUACUGCAAACAGCAUGAGUUCCCAUACCAUUUGUUUUGCCAUGGUCCAUUAGUUAUUUCCCCAGCUCUGACAGGAAUACAUUAAGCAUCGGAUCAUUACAAUAAAGUGAAAUGUACCCGAGCGUUCUGCAUGCUUUUCUGUUGUUGUUGUUGUUGUUGUUGUUGCACACGGUAUGGGAGCUUUUUUGUGUCUGUCAGCAAACAGCCGUCUGCCUUCAUACAGUGUGGUAAGUCUGCAUGUUAUCAGUAGUGACUGCUUGUGUGGUCAAUACAGCAACAGAAAAGGAAAGCUAAGUUAUGCAGUAAAGGUCAUGAUUGAAUAUUACUCUGUGUCUGAUCUCAAUUAGUGCCGCAGCCGCCGACCAUAACUCACCAAUCCCCCAAGGAUUACAUCAUCGACCCCCGAGAGAACAUUAUAAUCCACUGCGAGGCAAAGGGGAAGCCUCAUCCCAGGUACUGAUCUUUCUGCAUUCAUCGAUCUAUAACUAGAAAUGAAUAUACUAGAAUUUAAUUCAACCUCCACCUGUAAGCCUCAGCUGACAUGAAGUCCCAAGAAAUCUAGUUUAGAAGUCAACCUGUAGAAUUGGUAUUUUGGUUCAACAAUGCUGUAACAGUGUAACACACAAAUGUAUUUGUUGGCACUACACUUUUGUGCUCCUUUAUUAGCAAGCAAACUUACUGAACCAACAUAUUUCAAGUCGAGAAGGUUCACGUUACCCCAACACAACCUCAGCUGUAAAAACCGAGUGUUAUGAAACUCUCAAACAUCCUCUUUGAAGAAGUUUAAAACCAAGUACAGGAAAAUCUUCACCUCUAAAUCUCUGGAAAUGCGCUGCUAAAGCUCCUUGAAUUUAAAUCCUGGGAAUGGCUAUAUGAUAUUAAAUAUUCAUGACUGAGUGUGCAACAUUUAAGGUUAGAAGAAACAGGAAAGAAGGAGAAGAAAACUCUUAGAAUUAUUUUUAGGAAUCUAAGGGCACGAAGAUUCUCUGGAUCAGGAUUGUGGUGGAUAAACUUUAAAUUAUGUGGACUCAAAUGCGGUUAUCUCUGAUUUGGACCUACAAACACGUGACUGACCCUGCUAUAACCUAACCCUGCCCAUUUAAUCCACUGAGAAGUGAGUUGAGGACAAAGCAGUGAAGAAAAUUAAUAUGGGAAACAACAAAAAGAGUUUGAGCUUUGGCAAGGACCUCACUUAUCAAAAGUAAUCCACAAUGUUUGGUUCUUUAUCCCUUUGUCCUUUCUUGUGCCAAGUCCCAAAUAUUAAAAGAUUAAGUUAGAGGUACAAGUUGUUGAACUCGAUGCUGUCCUCAGUCGCCAAUGUCUAAACAGCUCUGGUCUGUCUUUUUCUUUCAGUUUCUCCUGGACAAGAAAUGGGACCCACUUUGACACUGAUGAGGACCCUAACGUCAGCAUGAGGCCCCACUCAGGCACCCUGGUGGUAGACAUAGGCAGAGCAAAAGCCGACCAGUAUGAGAGCGUGUACCAGUGCACAGCCAGGAACAAACAUGGAACUGCUGUUUCCAACAACAUCGUUGUUAGACAAUCCAGUAAGUUCAGCUCAAGUCUGUCAUUUCUAUCACUUCAUUUCUCUUCUCUUAAUGUCAGGCAUAUGUCACAUCUCUCUCACAUCAUUAUUAUUUUCUUUUUUAACAAUAAAGUGGCAUUUUCAGUCAGUACAAGUACUCCUGUAAGGUAAAGGUUGCAUGUUAAAAGCAGCAUGUUCUGCUCAGCAGGCUGUGACAGUAGAUAGAGGUAAUUUACCCUCUUGUAUUUCUCCUUUCGUUUAUCAUCAUCAUUCAGUAAAGCAUCACUCUGUUCAUCUUGCCUCGUCACCUCCGUCAUCUUGUCAGCAACAGUCCAUUAGCGGCCAACGUUUUCUGUCAAAUUACAGGAGACUUCAUCCGCUCAUGUGUUUAUCUUUCUUGAACUAUUCCAGGGUCCCCCUUGUGGUCGAAGGAGAAAAUCAAGCCAAUUGUGGUUCAGGAGGGCGUGUCUCUGGUGUUACCGUGCCGACCCCCAGCUGGCUUACCCCCUCCCAUUAUCUUCUGGAUGGACAAUUGUAAGAGCGCAACAGUGUUUUAGCUUUCAAUAUGAGGAAAAAAACACAUGACAUAGUUCAAAGCUUGUAGUAAGGGAGUAGAGAUUUAUGGGAAAUGUGGUUAAAUGCCACAAUACUGCAGAAAAUAAUGCAGUAUUGCAAUGCUACUUGGUGUUACCUUAGCUCCUUAAGUAGUUUAAUUUCAUGACUUGAUAGUAACUUGAUUGGUCAAAUAUGUCAGCACAUACAGUGACAUGUAUAAGGAUGUUGAUUCGCUGUUCAUUGCAGACUUUCAGAGGCUGCCACAGAGCAACAGGGUGUCCCAGUCCCUCAACGGAGACCUUUACUUCUCCAAUGUUCUCCCAGAGGAUUCCAGGAGCGAUUAUAUCUGCUACGCCCGCUUCCCGUACACACAAACCAUCCAGCAGAAACAGCCAAUCAGCGUCAGGGUCCUCAGCCGUAAGUCUGACCUGAAGUGCAUGUGUGAGGUGAAGAUACAGGAAGUCAAAUGAGCUGGAAGUGAUAUGAGAUAAACACGAGAUUGAGUGAGUGAGUUAUUGUGUAAUAGCUCUGCAUAAGAGUGAGUUCAUUUACAGUAGUGUGUGUCAGCACGAGUGUGUAGGAGGGAAGCAGCAUUUCCUAUCAGUGAUGCCAUCCAGAGAGACGCCAGCGGUCGUCAUCGCCCUGAAAAGACAGAUUGUCAGAGCUCUUAUUGCCCCCGGCUCUAUCUGCCUGACAGGCGUUCAUUUUGUUUCUUCUGCAUACGCACUCUCCACAAACAAAGACUGCUCUCAUUCAGUCGAGUGUUUUACAACUGACAUGGUGACAGGCUGCUUUUACAACCCUCUUAUUACGAUCAUCUCUCAUUUAAAAGUUUUAUUUUUGCACUUUUACUUCUGCACACUCUCAUGUUAAGUUGUUUUUAUUUCUCCUCUGACUUCAUGUGAUGUCGUUUUAUUGGCGUGUUUGAUUUUUUUUUGUUUGUUUCUGUUGUGUUACAGUGGAUGCAAUCAAUGACACAAUGGCAGCUUUUUACAAUGACACUGAUUUAUUUAGUGGUGAGUUUUGGCACCCCCUAGUGUUCACCCUCCCUGACCUAGAGCUCCAAACUCUUGACUUUUUACCCACUAACAUGCACCCUUUAAUCCAGCAACUCAACCCAGCUUGUUCACACAGUCACAGGGGGUGGGAUCUGGCACCCUCUGUUGUUUACCCCUAGAAAUGGAACAUCAGACACCGACUUUUACCCAUUUCCACUAACCCUUCAAUCUAAGAGUCACAGUAAAUUCUCUUCCCUUCUUCACUCCUAUUCUGUCCGAUCAUCGCUCUGUUAAUAAGUAAUCAUUUUCCUCUGUCUUAAACUGCAGCAGCAUGGGGUUUUCCAUAUUUAAUAUGCAGUUUUUAGAUAUUACAAGACAUCUGAGCAGCUUUGAAAUUAAACUUCAAAUCUAAGCUGAACUUGAUCUAACACAUUAAUUUGUGAAAAUCUUCCUCUUUAAUUGCUUUUUGGGUUCUUUUAUUACCCUCUAAAUCACUUUUCCUCCAAUGCCCUGCUGAUUUUUAUAGCAACAGCUAUCUCUUGGUUCACCUCUUUGCCAUAAUUCAUUUUCACCUCUUUAAUUUCUCAUCUCUUAGAAGAUCCUCUUUCUGUCUAAAUGUCUAAAAUAUACAACAGUGGCUAAAUAAAUACUUUAAAUGCAAACAGUUAAAUCCUCAUAAAUAUGCUCCAGGGAAUUAACUCAUCAUUAUCGCCACAAAGUUUAGAUCGAUUUUGUUAUCAGACGUUUGUAUCAUUUCAGACGGAGGAAAAGAUGUUUUAUCUCUCUAUUUAUUAGUUCUCUAUUAGGCUUAUUUUAAUGUUUCUUAUAACCCUAGAGGGCUGUUAAUUUGGAUAAACAGCCACAGAAAGCAGUGCAAUAAAACAAAGAGAUGACUAUAAAAUUUACAUCCAACCAUUAAAUCCAGAAUUGUGGUCUGUACUAAAGAGGCUCAGUACCCGUGCGUUGACUUGUAGGAGAGGCUUUAUUAUACCACAGAGUAAAACAAGACAGAGUUGUCAUCAUGUAGAGCCGGAAAGAGGCGGUAAUAUUUUUUCCUUUAUGAAUCUGUGUGUGACUACAGACGACCCAGCGGACGAGAGGAGGCCAACCUUCCUCGUCCCAUCUGGCCCCUCCAGCUCCAAGACCGUGCUGAGAGGACAGGUGCUGGAGAUGGAGUGCAUCGCCGAAGGACUGUAAGUGAAAGAAUCCGCCGUUACUUCAGCUCUGAAAGCCCCCAAGUGCCCACCUGCUCGAGUGUCAUCAUCGCUCUUUGUCUCUUCCGUCUGUCUCCCUCUGAAUCCAGGCCCACCCCGGAUAUCUCCUGGACCAAAGUGAGCGGCGAGCUCCCUGCCAAGCGCACACACUUCCUGCACUACCAGAGGACCCUCCGCAUUGUGAACGUGUCGGAAUCAGACGCGGGAGAUUACCGCUGCACCGCCAGGAAUAAGCUCGGCUCGGUGCACCACAACAUUCACAUCAUGGUCAAAGGUUUGUCAGUGAUAAAAGAAGAUUAAAACUCAUCAGGACACUCAUUCAUCCCCUCCCUCUUCUGUCUCUUCUUCCUCCUUCUGUCUCAUAAUUGAUUUAUGCACAGAUGCCAACAGGGGUGGCGUGUUCAGUGAUUAAUUCUCUAGCCCACUGCUGCACUCUGCUCUAUUUUCAGCCGCUCCAUAUUGGAUCAGUGGAGCGCCGAAAAAUCUUGUUCUGGCUCCAGGAGAGAACGGGGUGCUGACCUGCAGGGCUAGUGGCACGCCCAAGCCCUCCAUCAGCUGGGCCAUGAACGGCAUCCCUAUAGAGAGUGAGUUCAACCUGUUCCUCCUCACAGGAACUCACCCGGCUAAUAAAAGAAACCCCUCUGUCCUUUUUCAUACAAACAGGAUGGUGUUCAGUCUGACCAUUUCAGACUCUCUUGUGUUUAUAUGAAUUUGUACUGCAUGUCAUUUUAAGGUUUUAUAUCUACAAUUCCAAGCUCUAUACUAACACCAAAUCUGUGCUUUUUCAGUAUCUCAUAGUUGGAAACAAAAUGUCAUGUUUAAAGAACUUAAAGAAAUCGGAGUCAGUUCUGUGCUUAACUUUAGUGUAGUGGUUCGACACUUUCGAACAUUAUGUUUAGUAUGUGGUCAGGCAACUAAGAGGCAAACUUUAAGAUUUCACAAUGUCAAUAAGGAAAAUAUUCUACUCCUGAUCCCCACAAAGAACUACUUAUAACUUUAAAACCUUUCCAGUGAGACAUAACUAGUAAACAAGAAACCUUCAGCAGUGAUUUCUUAAUCUUUAAACAGAGCAUUGAAAGGGUUUAUCCUUUGUUCAGAGUCUUUAUGCUAAUCUUGGCUGACUGGCUCACUGUAGCUUUGUAUAAAGCAGAGUUGCAUCACGUUAAAUACUUUUUAUCAAACUAAUUCUCGAUCACAGAGAAAUCACAACAGAACUGUUAUGGGAAAAAUCAAUCAGAGAGCUGAAGGAUCAUCUCUGACCACUGUUUCCAUGUACAGAUGCGCCGAAGGAUCUGAGCAGAAAGGUUGAAGACGACACGGUCAUCUUCACUGAUGUCCAGAUCGGGUCAAGCGCCGUCUACCAGUGUAAUGUUUCCAACCCUUACGGCUACCUCCUGUCCAACGCCUUUGUCAAUGUGCUCUGUAAGUUCAUUACCCAGGCUCCAUUUUUAUCCACAGCGCUGUUUUAUCAUUCCUAUCGAUUUUUGGGGUCUAAUAACACAGCAAUAAUGGCUCCUGUCUCACUGCAGCUGAGCCGCCCAGAGUGCUGACUCAAGCCAACAAAGUCUACCAGGUCAUCAAAAACCACAGAGCUCUGAUCGACUGCGCCUCCUUUGGCUCACCCAUCCCAAAAAUUACCUGGUGAGUUAAUGAACUUUUAAUGAGGGACACUGAUGAAUUAUGUUCCUUUACAAGCAGCUGCCUCUCUGUCCCAGGUUCAAAGACAGUCGGGCAAGUACCCUGGAUGGGGAUCCUUACAUCUUCCAUGACAACGGCACUUUAGAGAUCCACACAGCUCAAGCACACAACGGCGGCAAGUACACCUGCGUGGCCAGGAACUUGCUGGGGAAAGAAGAGAACCAUGUUAUCCUGGAGAUCAAAGGUGAGAGUGAAUCUGGGAAGGUUAUGUUAUCCUUGAAUUAACACACAGAACCAGUGCAGUGUUAUCGUCAUAAUCAGUUUAAUAAAUGAUGCUCUCAUUGGUGAAAAUAGUAGUUAUGAACCAGUGAAUUCAAUUUGUAUUCAAUGACAGGUAUCAUAAAAAAUUGAAUCAUGCUGCGUUCAAGUUACCUCGGAAGUCAGAUGUCCGAGCUGGGAAUGACGUCACACCCGAGUUACCAGUAUUUCAGUUACCAAGUCAGAAAAAAGCAAAUCGGAGGGUUAUAAUAAUAUUUGUACUACUUUUUGUACUAACUUUCGUAGAUGUAGUCAUCUUGUUUUCGCCUCGGAUUUUGCUUUUUUCUGACAUGGUAACUGAAACGCUGGUAACUCGGGUGUGAUGUCGUUCCCAGCUCAGACAUUUGACUUCUGAGGUAACUCGAAUGCAGGAUCAAUUCGUUUUAAACUGACCUUUAAUUCUACUUUUCAGAACCCACCCGGAUCCUGAAGCAGCCGGAGUAUAAGGUGGUCCAGAGAGGCCGCUCUGCUGUGUUUCACUGUAAAGUGAAACACGACCCCACUCUCGUCCCUACAAUGACGUGGCUUAAAGACGACGGAGAGCUGCCUGAUGAUGAGAGGUCAGAGCUGCGUGGACACAUCCCAGAUCUUAGAGCAUUCACGCUUGUUUACUGUGUCAUUAGCCAACUAGGGCUGGGCGAUAUGGCUUUAAAUCAAUAUCACGAUAUAUUGAGCAGUUCACCUGGAUAACGAUAAAUGGACGAUAAACUACUCCACCAGCUGCUCACCCCCUCCCACAUUAACUUUGUCUACUUCAGACGCCACUACAGCCGCUACAACUUUUGAACCGUCCUUUAUCUCCUUACCUGUCUUUCCCUCUUUGUUACAAACUGGAUGGGGUGGAGUCACGUCUCUGAUGUAGGACAGCAUCUUAAAGGGACAUGAGACCAUAGCCUACCUACACACAUCCAAAACCAACUUUUAUUUAUUCAUUUUUUGACACCAAAUAUAUUGACAUGGGCAAAAUGACGUCCGUUAUCGUAAAUUUCUGUAUUGGUACAUUUUCCGUUUGUCGCCCAGACCUACUGCCAACACUGCAUUAGCUACUUUACAGUAAUUCACACAGCGCUUUUUAUGAGUAUGUGGUUCUUUCUAUUUCUUCUUGUGUUCUGGGUACAACCAGGGUAUCAGCUAAAAUGUGUUUUAUUUGCAGAUUUAUUGUAGACUCGGACAGCCUCACCAUCACUCAGGUGACAGAGAUCGAUGCGGGCGUGUACACCUGCAUCAUGAACACCACCUUGGACCAUGAUUCAGCCAGCGCUGAGCUCACUGUUGUCGGUACGUUUAUCUCCAGAGAAGCUCAAUUUCACUGACUCGUAAAACAAGCUCACAAAUUAUUAAAGGUCUUCCCAGGAAAGUGAAACGGCCGAUAACUCACAGAUCAGAUUUCCUGUCGGUACUUGAAGGUUAAUUGCCUCAGACUUGCUUUAAAAGCUGAUUUAGUCAGCUUUUGUGUCAGAAGCAUGAAUAUUUGAUCGUUACCGUCUUCACAAGCCAGAUAAUCUUCUUUGUUUUCUUACGGAUGACUGACCACUACACUCCUUGUUUUACUCCCGCCUUCCUACCUGGCAGAAGCCACACCGACACCAGCUGUUGUCAUCGGUAAAUCUGCAGAGCACAUGAGCACUCAGCUGUGCUCCGAGACAUGGACAUGUGUGUCUGUUGAAUGUUCUUGUAAAGUGGAGCAUGCUGUGGCCUUGUUUCUGUCAAUCACAGAGCCUUUUAUUUGAGUUUACCAGCCUAUGUCAGGUUUAUUUUGAGAGCGGUUUUAUACCUCAUUUUGUUUUCAGGAGUUUAGUUGAAGCAUGAGCACAUUUAACAAAUGAUGUAAAAGAAAACUGUUAAGCAAGGGGGUAGGUAAGUGAUUCCCCCUCACGCUUGAAAGCAAAGGUAAUCUGUAAACAUCACCUCAUCGCAGCACUUUGGAUCCAUUCAAAUUCACAUUUUCCUCAUCACUCAUUUAUUCAAAGCAUGCGUUCCACUUGAUCAUUACAAUUCCAAAACAUGAGCUUCAAUUUAGCUUCUCUAGUGAGCCUGAGACUUGAUUUCAUGCAGGGUGAUUAUGGAAGAUGCCCAUUUGAGAAUCAGUCAUUUCAUAUGCAUGAUGCGGUGUCUGCAUGCGUCUCAUCGAGCCAAAAACAUUACAGAGCAGGAAUGUAAAAAAGGAGGAGAGGGACAGAAGGAUUGCUCUUUAUGAUUUUUCUCCAUGGAUGACCGGGAAUGUCCUUUUUAAAAUAUUUUUGUUGAACAUCUUGUGGCAUGAACCCGUCAUAUCCUGUAAAUGUAUCUUUGUGUUGAUAUCGCUGCCCGUUCUGUGUCUCCUUCAGAGCGACCCGACCCCCCAACUGACCUCGAGCUGACAGACCAGAAAAAGAGGAGCGUGCAGCUUACUUGGAUUUCUGGAGAUGAUCAUAACAGUCCUAUUACGAGUAUGUCUUAUGUGUGUGUGUGUGCAUGUGCAUUAUGGGAAUUGUAGGAUCCAGUGUUUUGAGAUUAGAGCCAGACAAGAAGUAAAGAGUUUGGAGGGAAUCUCAAACCCAUCUCUUCUGUGUUUGAUAUCUUUUUGCAGUCUGUCUCUUAGAGUUUACCCCUAAAUUUUGAAAGUGCAUAAACAUUACAGCUGUGAUUGCCCUUUAAAUUAGACUUCAGACAGGCCUCCUCUUUGCCUGUUUUUAAAUCCCGUCUUAAGACCCACCUCUUCUCCUUGGAUUUUAACACCCACUAAGAGGUUGACUUCAUUUAUUUUAUUUUAUUGAUUUUAUUUAUUGUAUUUAUUUUUAUUUGAUUCUACUGUGUUUUAUCUCAUUUUAAUUUUACCUUAUCAACUGUGCUUCCGUUGUGUUAUUUAUUGUAUUUUUAUCUCGCUGUGCAGCACUUUGGAAACCUUGCGUUUGCUUAAAUCGUCAUCAUCUUUGUCGUCGUGGUUGUCAUAGCAGCUUCAGGAGUGAAGCCCAGACGGCUCUCACCCCACCCCAGCCACUUACACCAGCUCCUCCGGGGGGAUUCCCAGGUGCUCCCAGGCCAGGCGAGAGAUAUAAUCCCUCCACCUGGUCCUGGGCCGGCCACGAGGUCUCCUCCCGGUGGGACAUGUCUGGAACACCUCUAACGGGAGGCGUCCAGAAGGCAUCCUAACCAGAUGCCCGAGCCACCUCAGCUGACUCCUCUCGAUGUGGAGGAGCAGCGGUUCUACUCUGAGCGCCUCCCGAGUGUCCGAGCUCCUUACCCUGUCUCUAAGGCUGAGUCCGGCCAUCCUGCGUAGGGUUCUUUCGGUCAUUACCUAAAGUUCAUGGCCAUAGGUGAGGAACUUGGCCAUGAACUUUGAGUAAUGACCAUCUGCUUAAAUCAUGCUAUAUAAGUAAAAUGGAUUAGAUUGGAUUGGAUUAAAUUAUGUUUUUUUUUUCACCUUUGGGUGACCUCUGAAAGCCGACUGACACUUUUUAAAAUAAUCUAUAUGCAAAACUGUCCCUGCGGUAAAAUCAAGUCUGUAAUAAAGUUUGAAAAUAGUAAGCAGCGAAAAAGUUUCCCCCUUGAGGUCAGCAUGAAAUUAUUUACAACAACAAAUCAAUGUUUGAACAGCGUAAAGACACAGAAAAUCCAUAUAAAUGUCUCCCAACAUUCAGUGCAGCCCACUCUAGUUGUCGAUCUCUUAUUAGUAUUCGCCGUCUGAUUCAGACACUCAUCCUCCCGCAAACAUUUCCCUUACCCGUCAAAGCACAGCUGGAGGGCAGAUUAAGACAUAUUUUAGCCAAACUUCUUUCUUUUUGAGUUUUCUUAAGGGCAUUUGUUCCUCCAGCUAUGCAAAUAAACGAUCAAGAUGUUAGCUCUCAUAAUAAAUGCAUUUUUCUUUUGUUUUUGCACAGAGUUCCUGAUCCAGUAUGAAGACUCACUGCACCACAGAGGUCACUGGCAUAAUCUCACAGAGGUCCCUGGAACCAGGACAACAGCUCACCUCAAACUGUCACCCUACGCCCACUACACAUUCAGAGUCCUUGCCCUCAAUGCUGUGGAUUACAGCCUACCCAGUUUCCCCUCCAGGGUGUUCAAGACAGAACCUGCAGGUAUAGACUGUUCAUAGAGGAAUAAUAAGGAGCAAUAUUAGCUUUUUUUAAUAAGAAAGGGAUGGUUUUACAAGCAAACAUAUUACACUAAAAUAUUAUUUGCAUUAGAGUGUCUUGAAUGCUUCAUCUAAAUUGGAAAUCUGUGUAUUUAUCUGAGCCUCGGUGAAAGAUUUUCUUCUUUAUUAUUUUUCUUUUAGCUCCAGACGAGAACCCAACAGGUGUCCAGGGAUUUGGGACAGAACGUGAUAAUCUUGUAAUCUCAUGGAAGGUAAUAAAGUUUCACAAAGCUAUCUGUUUUUAAUAUCCGGGAGAAUUUAGUGCAGCCAAGGGUGAACCAUGAAACAUGACAAAGUUUUUACUGUGAAGCAGGUUUCAUUUUGUGUCUCUUUCUGUUCUCUCUUUCCUGACAACCACAUGAGAUUGUGCUUUCUCUUAUUUUUCUUAAAAGUAAAGUAGUGAAAAAAAUAAAGAUGCAUUCAAAACGCUCUCCUCUGCAGCCGCUGACGGGCCUCCAGUCCAACGGUCCGGGGCUUCACUACAGAGUGAUGUGGAGGCAGAAGGCAGUAAACAGCGACUGGAACUCAGCGACUGUGGCGAACACCUCCAAGUUCGUUGUGUCUGGAACGCCCACAUUUGUUCCAUAUGAGAUUAAAGUUCAGGCUGUGAAUGACUACGGAGCAGCUGCCGAGCCUGCUAUCUCCCAUGGGUUCUCUGGGGAGGACUGUGAGUUACACUGACCCCUCAAGACCCUAACUGCGUUUCCUGGUAAAUAUUUUGUAUUUACUCUUUUUCUUGUGUGUUCAUUUGUUGUUUUUCGCUUUCCCUGCUGUUCAGUGCCAGCAGAGGCUCCAGACAACGUGCAAGCCGUGGUGGUGAACAGCACUCUGGCUGAGGUACACUGGGACCCCGUGCCCUCUAAGGAAAUACGUGGACAUCUAAAGGGAUACAAGGUACAACGCAAGAGAUAUGUGACUUUAACACUAAUCCUCACAAUGACUUGCCAAUCCUCGUAUUAUAACUGUGAACAAACUGCGGGUUGUAGGUGUACUACUGGAGAGAGCGCAGCCUCCACAAACACAACCCUCACCACGUGGAGAAGCAGAUCCUGACCUUCAGCGGGAACCACAGCCACGGCAAGCUGCCCGGCCUGCACCCCUACAGCCUCUACUCAUUUAACGUCAGGAUUUUUAACGGCAAGGGGGAGGGGCCCCCAAGUACCACACAGCAGUUUGAGACACCUGAAGGAGGUAGGUUCAGGAAUACAUGACUACACACUGAAACUUAAGCACCACAUCUGUUAAAAGAUUGUCCUGAUUGUGAUUUCACAACAUCUCUAGUUUAGGAUCCAUUUCUUUUUGGACCCCUUAAAUGGUUAAUACUGUAGAAAAGCAAGGAUCAUUAGUGCAGAUCGUAAGUUACAGCAGCAGGAGCUCAAAUGUUUCUGGAUUUUAAGUACUUUGCUUGGAGGAAUGUUUGUCACUAUCAUAGUUUAUCAAUAAAAAAAAAAAACAUCUGGUCAUAAAUUAUUCAUCUUCCUCUCAAAAUAUCUUGAAUUUAUGAAUAUGAAAACAUUGAUCAAGUGGCUUUUAUUCCUCUAAAAACUUAUUCUCUGUUAAGGCCCAAGGUUUUCAGACUCUAACUGGUUUUAGGUAGAUAUCACGCACAACUGGCCUCUUGCUUUGGUUUCACAAAAAAAGCUCGCAACGAUGUAACCCCUGUUUUUAUUGGAGCAGAGACGAAGUAAUUUUAUUCGGAAAAAGAAUUAAAUACAGUCUUUACUGUGUCAAACAUUCUGCUGAAAUUAUUCUGCACCAUAGAGGUCGGCAACCAAAUGUGACUAGGGGUGUCCCGAUACAACUUUAUUUUUUACCUCCGAUACAAAAACAAUAUUGUAGCCGUCAGUAUUGUCCGAUACCGAUAUUGAUCCGAUAUUGGCACAAUAUUGCGCUCAGCUGCAACGUCUUUUUCGGACUGUAAUGAAAAAUACUGCCACACGGCCGACAUCUUUUUUACUCCUUGGUACUUUGUUAGUACCUCAGUACACACUGUUAUUGUGAUUACUUGGGCUCUACAUGCUGGAUCCAGGUGCUGCUAAAUAGCGGUACUGGAGCGGAGUCUUGGAUGGACUGCUUGUAUCAGAGUGCUGAUAUUGGGCAUUUUAUAUGCAGGCCGAUAUAAUCCGAUAUUCGAAUUUUUGCUGAUACCAGACCCGGAUAUCCAAUAUCAGUAUCGUAUCGGGACACCCCUAAAUGUGACCACAAGCAAAACAGAACCAAACACACGCACAUCCUGCAAAUCAGCGUAGAUUAAGUCCAGAUAUCUUCACAAACUCUUUUUCGAAACAUAAUCUUGUAAGUUUUCACUGACGGUCUUGUUUUCCCUCAGUGCCCGGGGCUCCUACUUCCCUGUUAGUCACCAACACAGACCUGGACUCUUUGACCCUUGAGUGGAGUCCCCCUCAUGUCCGUAAUGGACGCAUCACUGGAUAUACUCUCAAGUACCAGCUCGGUGAGGCUUUUGUUCUUUCUUUUCUGCCACACACAAAUCUGAGCUUGUAGACUUUUAGACUUGCAGACUCACGAAUGUUGCCUCCCUUCACGUAGUUUGUAGUUUUCUUUGUCCUCUUUUUUUCUGCUCUUUUUCUUUCCUUUAGUAUCAGAUGAUAAAAUAGAAAGGAUAGCAUGAAAUAAGUAGCGCAAGAACAUUAAAAGAAAGUAAUUUUGCCACAUUACAGCACAAAUUAACAAGUCAACUUUUGUCACUCUCGCUUUCUGUUCCUGAACCCCUCACCUCCAAAUACUUUCACUCCCACCUUUGUCAUCAUUUACACUCCAACCCCAUCUACACCCCCUCCUCCUCCUCAUCCCUUACCUUACCUCACUGCUUUUACACUUCCAUCCUCAUCCCGUUAUCCUCAUCAUAUCAUCCAUCAUCCUCCACCCCUGUAGUCAAUAACUCCAAUGAGCUGGGCCCAGUGGAGGAGCUGGCCCUGCCCGCCAAUGAGACCUCAGUCACUUUGUCCAACCUCAGGCACAGCACACGCUACAAGUUUUAUUUGAAUGCCAAAACAGACAGGGGAGCAGGCCCCGCCAUUUCUCAGGAAACUGUCACCAUCAUGGACGAAGGUAAGUCAGCAAAAACAGACUACUGAAUAUUUUUGUUUCUUCCUCUGGGAGGCUAAAUGAUCGUUCAGGCUGGUUCUGAUGAACUAAUUUUACAACUCAGGUUACAGGAGUUGUACAUUUGCUUAAUCCAUGGGUGAUGUGUAAUGUGUGAAGUCCAUUCAGAAUCAAAAACACUUGACUCAGCUCUCACAUAGACCAGGAGGGGGUACCACAAAGAGAAAUCAGAGUGUACACUGGGUCAGUUUUAGUGCCACAGGCUGGCUCUCUGUUAACCUGACUCAACUUAUAAAAUGGUCAGUGCAGGUUUUACGUAGAGUUACUUGUUCUUUUUUUAUGAGAGACAUUGAAUGACUCUCUAAAGGCUCCCCUUACAUGUAAGCAUCCACAGAGCCUGAGCCUCAAAGUUUGUAUUUAGAGGAAAUGUUAAUUAGAAACUUUGUGAUACCUGAUAUCUCUAAUGGAGCUUCAAACUCUGUGGAGUCAGCUCAGUCAGCUGGUAAUGUUGAGCACUUCAUAGUUUAGCCAGAUGUUAUCACAUUUUUACCUUGAUGGCUUUCAUUGUUACAGUUGAUGGGUUAAGAUGAAAUUUUAAUGUUCUUUUAAUGAAUGGAAAGUAUAAUUUAAAGCAGGAGUAUAUUGUAGUGUUUUCGUGGUAUACACUUUACUGAUUAACUAUUUAAGAGAGCUGUGUUGGUGCAGUGUUUUUAAUUUGGAUGGACUGUAGCUCAUCCUGGUUGUAUAUUUCUUUGAAUGCAGUCUCAAAGCCAGAAAUUCUAUGUUUGCUCCAUCCAUCAAAUUUGAGGUUUUUAAUCAUGUUCAGCUUUGUGUAAAAAAAAAAAAAAGGUAGGAAAAGAUCACUAGAAAUAACCACUAAGGCUUUUUAGUGAGUUAAGGCGGUUUUGGUACAAACUAAUGAACAUUUGUUCAUUACAGCUUGUAAAAAAUGCAAAAAUGUGCUGCGUAUGUCUGUUUUAUUUCAAAGUUAGUUGCAGCUUACUCUGAUGAAAUAAAACAAUGUGAAGAGCUCACUCACUCCAUGCUAUGACAACUAUGAUGCUAUUUACUGACAUUAUGAUUGAUUAAUUACAUAAAUAUUCAAUGACUUACUUCAUAAUUGUAAUAAUUGUUUGUCACAGACCUCCUGCUGUUAUUAUCAUUGUUGUGUUUUUGUUCUUGACAUGCUCCUUCUGUGUCUUAAGUGUACGCUGCACACUCUCCCAUAAUAUGGUCUUAUUUAUUUAGAAUAAUAUGAUGUUUCUGAGAUCCUCAUCCUCGUCCUUAUUUGUGAAACAUGAGUGUGAUCCAGUUGCAUUGUUACACAAGGUGACUGGAGCAGUUAUAAAACCUCAGACCAAUCAUCUCUGACAUUACACAGCGUGACCACAUGAAUGUCUUAAUGUUACAUAAAGUGACUCAGAUGAGGAGGGGAGGUUUAUCCCAAAGUGACCCCUGUCCGGUUGUUUCUCUGUGUCCCGUUUCUCUCUAUAAGCUCUUAUAUCACAGCUUGACGUAGAUGUGGGCACCGGUGCUGGUGGUAUCUACACUGAUGCAUGUUUUUAAAGAUUCAGCCAUAACUUCAAACCCGAGCAUGCACUCCUUGUCUUUAAGCAAUUUCCCCUCGUCUCUAUCAAGCUCUGCGGCCCACCUGAGUUCAAAGCUAUAAAGGGUUCAAAGGCGCUCAGAUAAAGAUGCUGUGUGACGUCUGCCUUUUUAAUGCCAUGUGAUAAAAGUAGACGAGUCUUUUCAAAGCUCUCGUCUGCUUCUUUUCUUCCCUUUUUUUUUUUUUAUUUGGACUGUGCCUUUGGCGACUUUGACCCUGCUUCCCGCUGCAUGGCGAGAGUUUGCCAAGCAUGCCAAUGCACUGUGACUUCAGUGCCAGUGGUGUCCUUGCGUGUGUCAAGUGUUUGCGUUUCUAUUGUGUGUCUUGUGUUUUAUGUGUGAGUGUGCGUGGGUGCCGUCUUUACCCUCUCCGUGUUGUUUGCAGGAAACUCCCAAACCUCUCAUCCCAUUGCACGGUCUCCUCUUCACCAUCCCCACAACAAUGGUACAGAUACUGCUGCGAUGAUAGCUCACUAAAUGCCUGAUUUGUGACAUUGUUAGCUUUGUGUAUUCCUUUGCUGGAUGGCAUAGUUUUCCCAUUUGUGUUGCUAUUGUGUAAAGCUAUGAGGCUCUAGACUCUGAUGCUAAGACAAUUAAAUGGGAAUGUAAUUUAAUCAAAGGAAUUGAUUGCAAGUUAUUGGAUUGUCCUUUGCCCAACAGAUCAAUCUUGAUGGUUGUCUUUUCUCUCAUGUGCUUAGUGCUGCCUGUGAGUCCUUUUGGGAACAUUAGCCAGUCGCCGGUAGAGAACGGGGCUCUGAUCAGUUGGGAGUUCUGGGGGCCGGAGAAAAACGUUUAUGUAGAAUACAAAUUAAAGAACAGUAAGCACAGCAACACACCUUUGUUUCUGCUAGUUUCUCACGCAGGUGGCAGGAGACUCCAUUACAUAAUUAGCUUGUGCAGGUGAAUUGAAAUAUUGGCAGUCGUGUCGAUGCUGGGUCCUGCCAACAUGGACCCAGAUGUGAUAAACAAAGCUGUCUCUGAUUGGAUUGCUAAUUUCCAAGUCCUGUAAUUGACUGAAGUUUCGUGCAUCCCCUUUGGAAACCCCCAUGAAUCUUCUAUAGAGAAACUUUCCUGUACAAAAACGUAACAAAAACUCUUCUGAUAUCCACUGAUUGUGACAGAAGGUCUCUCUAUUGUUUCUAUCCACCUGCAGUGAGAAUGAAAAACACUGUGAUGUUGUAGAAAUACUCUCUCACAUCUACUGUUUAAUAGAUUCAAAUAGGAAAUAUCAUAAUCGUAGAUCCCAGUCAUUAGAAAAUGUCUUCAUCAAACACAUAAUCUUGUCAUCAGCUGAGUACUCAUCACAGACUUGGCCUCUACAGUGGCCCUGAAAGAUCAGCAACUGCAACUGAAGAAAACACAAAAAGGCACCGAACAAAAACGAUCGAAGCUCCUGGAAAGAACUUUUGAUUUAAGACCAGCUACAAACUCUUCACAGGAGCUUUAAAGAACAAGUUUUUCUCAGAUAAGAAAAAAAGGCAUAAAUAUUUGUGUUUUUAAACUACACAUUCACAAACUUGCAGUUACACAUUGAUGUGUAGCAAGUACAUUAACGUUGUUGAUUAGCUUUGUUUGGCAUGUCAAUGUGCUAGAACUGCCUAUAAACAACAAACACAAAGUAGGCCACGAUUAAUGCUUGUGAGGUUGUCAGUAUUUGUGCAAAAUGCUGUUAGCACUAGCAUCAAUAAUCCAAAGGAACCAAAUGUCAGUUUGGACCAGUUUCAUCAAAAGGCAUUAGGAACAGCUGAGCUUGACUUUUGUGUCCUGCCUGAACUAGCACCAUGCUAAAUUUCAUAGCAGCCCAUCCAACAGGUAAAAAAAUGUGACUGAAGGCUUCUUAUUCUAUGGUGCAACACGAAAAGUCAGAGAAGCCUUUAAAUGAUGUAAAUUCAUCAUUUAACCAACAAUAAUGUCAAUCCAAUAUCACCAUUGGUAGACAGAUGCACUAAUGUAGUUGCCAAAGAGCCAUAACAGUAGCAUGGCUAUUAAAAAUGCUUCAAUUUAAGUCAACUACAGAAGUAAGUUGUCCAAAGGAUGGCGAACGUAGCCCUAGUCAUCCCUUUUUUGGUUCAACUUAAUCUUUGUCGUGUGCCUUCUCAGUUGCUGCUCAGUUUCAAGAUCACAGAGCUUUCAGAGCCACCAUAGAGAUCCUAUAAUAGACUUAACUCUUUGUAAGUCCAUCAGUUUCAUCCAUUUAAUUUCAAAUUGAAUACGGACCUGCAGUGUAAUCCCAUGUCAGUAGAUGUCAUUUUCAAGUAAUUAGUUCCCAUCAUACGCUGAUCUCCAUGACCCAUUUGAACGUGUGUCUGCUCCCUCCAACGUACCUCUCUCCAUGAACGUCCGUCUUGCAGGUGAAGGUGAAGAGGAGUGGCAGAGAAGGCUCGUGAAUGGCUCUCAGAACUUUGUGCUGAGUGACUUAAAGGUGGGGCUUCCCUAUAAAGUGCGUUUGGUGACCACAGGUCACCACGACCAGCCGCUCCUCCACUCUCAGGAGAUUUUUGUCACGGUCCCAGGUGAGGCAGCUGGCCUUGCCUUGAAUUGUAUUGUGUGUAGAGUAUGUUGUAGAUUGUGGCGUUGUGUAGUCGUAAACCAGUCGAGCAUGGGUUUUAACAGACAUGUUGUGAUUGUUCUGUUCUGCAGGCAUGAUCUGUAGUGGUAGACAGUGAUUAGCAGCGUGCAUGACAGUGUGGUUGAAUUUCAGUUUGUUUUGAUUCAGUCCUGUAGAUUGGUAAUUAGAAAAAGUGGAUAUCAUUCUCAUUUAGACAUCAAAAACAUGUUUAGUGUUUUAAUAUCCAACCUAAUAUCUCCCACAGUAGACCAGUGUGUUCGGUGUGUCUGUGUUCGUGUGUGUCUGUUUGUCUUUGUGUGCGCUUGUGAGAGCAGUAUUGAUUCCUAAAUUGUCUACUAAUGUGCUAUCAAUAAUGCAUUCAAGUCACCAUUAGCUUGACACAGCAGAUUUCUAACUCGUCUAAUGUGAAAGUUGUCUUUCAGUAACAAUAAGCAAAUGUGAUCCACUCAUGAGCUGAACUCUCUAACAAGCCCACUAAAAGAACUACCCUUCACUUCUUCUUACAUGUUUGUUUUGACUCAUAGACAACUGUUCCUCCACAGCACAGGUGUAAGAUCAUCCAGUUAUAAACCUUGUGUAAAUAUUGCUCUCUCUUUCUCGUUCUCUCUCUCUCUCUCUUUCUUCUUGCCAGCUGUUGCGAGCAGACAGGUGGACAUCGCCACUCAGGGAUGGUUUAUUGGGCUGAUGUGUGCCAUUGCUCUGCUCAUCCUGAUUCUUCUUAUUAUCUGUUUCAUCCAGAGGAAUAAGGGAGGCAAAUACCCCGGUGAGUAAGACAAGCACAUGUCAGCACGGGCAUGCUGUGCAUAUACUCUCCUAAACCAUCAUGCAUGGAUACAAGCCCACAGUUACAUGCUUAUCAUGCCAAUAUUAAAGCUCCUGUGAGGAACUCUUAGUUUGUUUCAACUUUGGCGCCCCCUAUCUUGUCUUUUAUAUUAGGGAUGGACCGAAUGGGAAAAUCUUGGCUGAAACUGAAUACCGAAUAUUAGAAACACUUGGCCGAAUAACCGAAUACUGAAUAGCCGAAUAUGAUUAAUAAAUAUGUAUAUAAAUUAUGAAUUUUUAUCACCAAGCAAUUUUUGUACAAUUGCUGUCAUUGCCAUACAUUUGUUUUAAAGCUACCUGAUUAUGGCAAAACCUGGCAAACUUAAAUAUUAAUCACUUUAUGUUUGAACCAUGAAACAUUUAUUCAGCUUCAGCACAUGACAUAACAAUGCUAUAACAAUAACAUUCAAUAAAAUAAAAUUAAGUAAAUAACAUCUUUGCAAUAACAAUACAAAAAAAGUGCAAUUUUCCCUGUAGGAUAGCCUAAAGUAAAUAAAAUAAAAUGCACACAUGCAAAAUAAAUAAAAUAAAUGCAGGUACGUGCAUGCAUAUACAUGAUUGUGCAACAGUAAACACAAAUCCAGGCCUGAGGCCUUCAACAAUAAAUGCACUUACAUGCAUGCACAUACGAUUGUGCAAACUUUUGUGCAGUGAGUUUCUUAAACUCGUCAUGUUUGUCCUUAUGUUUAGCGCUCAAGUGGUUGAUUAGCCCCGAUGUACUGAAAGUUUUUGCCGUCACACCACCUCGAGACACUUCAGCAGAGCAGAGUUUACAAAUUGCCAUCAGACCAUCUUUCUCUGAUAUGUCGAAAUAUUUCCAAACCGCAGACAUGCCGGUUGAACGGCUUCGAGCCAAGACAGCUGCACGUAUCGUGUGCGUCGUAUCAGCAUGCCGGUGUUGUGCCGUAGAAUGCACCCCUGACGGGAGCGCGGUUGAAAAAUAUAAUGUAUGCCAGCUUGACAGUUUACUGUACAGUUUAUAUACCCAAGCACACCUCCGUAUGUGCAUUUUUGAGACAGAUAAAAUCAGAACGAAAGUUGUAACGAUCAAAUAGUCGUGUUUUUUAAAAUAUGAGAUCAUUUUCUUCCACUUUAAGAAGCUAACGAGUGGAUGGGAGGCAGGGGGUGCAUUCUACAGCGGGGGUGCUUGCUACGGCACAACACCGGCUUGCCUCUUGUCGCGUUCCGAUGACGUCAUCAACAUGCUACUAAAACAGGGAAAACAGCGCCGUCUGCGUUUUCCGUUUUUGAGAGUUCAUUCUAGACAUGUUUAUCCACACUAUUCGGUAAUUUUUUUCGGCCAUAACAUCUAUUCGGCCGAAAACCGAAAAUUCAUUUUUGAUGCUUUUCGGCCGAAUAUUCGGACCCAUCCCUAUUUUAUAUGCUUAGGUGGUAUCUUGAGACAAAAAAACAAUGUAUUCUGCUGACUUCUGACAGUAAAGUGUGUAAGUUAGUGUAAAGAUUCUAUAUAGAAAUGUAAAAAAAAAAAACAUGGUUGUUUCCUCAGCUGACAUCUACCUCUUCGCUCUGGUUUCAGGCACUAAAAAUUAAAAUCUCAAAAUAGCCAACCAUGUUGCUGAUGGUUUUGUUUGUUUUUGACUAUUAUAAAAGGGCACCAAUAUAAUUUUUAGCCUGUUUCAUAAAUAACAAAAAAACUCUCACAUGAGCUUUAAUUACAUGUAAUAGGAUUCGAGGAUUAUCUGUUUUGGCCUUGAGCUUAUUUGAGUGAAGCAAUAAGUUAAAAGUUCUUAUCAAAAGAAGAAAUUAUCAAAUCAUACUUUUGAUUUUACAUCCUUAGCUUUUGCUUUUCUUUGUGCCAUUUAAGUGGAUGUUGUUUUUUUUUUGUGAUUUACAGACAAAUUUAUUUUAAUGAGCAGCGAAUGGGAACACAACCUAUUUUGAUCAAGGAUUGUAGUAAUAAACAACAGAGUCACAUUUAGUUAGUUACUACUAUAAAAAACGCAAAAAAAACCUCAUAAACUUAUACAACUUCAUUACUGAUAAACUUUACAACCGUAUCUUGCUUUACUUUACAAGCAGUAUGGUCUGAUUCCUUACCUUUCUCUCAUUAGUCAAAGAAAAGGAGGAUGCUCACACGGACCCAGAGUUCCAGCCCAUGAAAGACGAUGACUGUACUUUUGGGGAAUACAGGUGAGAGAAAGUGCUCUGGCCUCUCGAACCCCCAGAGCCCCCUUUUUUUACCCAUCAACCCUUGCCCCGUCCAUUCUUUCUGCUCAGAUCUGCUCUCUCUGGCUGGGCUGGAGCUCUGCACUCCCUCCCUCCUCUCAACCUUUACAGCUGACCAAUAACUGACCCAGGAUCACCAAUAACAGAAAUACGACUCAAUAUAAAGGAGAAGUGCCACUCACCUGGACUUCUACCACCCUGAAGCACAAGAUUUUUUUUUCUCCUGGGGUCUGGGAAUCCUGGAUGCCACUUGUGUUGGACUGUUACUGUGUGUUUGCCCAAUAUGACAUUGUGGUGUCAUUUGAGAGGCAGGAAUUUUUCGAGCUGGUUUGGAUGUUUUAAAAUAAGACUGUCAGGAAAAAAUAUAUAAGCUAGAUUCAUUUGCAACACUUUCAAACUAACCCAAGCAUCAAAACCCGUUCAAAAUAAUAAGCUACACAUAGAUCCUGUGUACAGUACUCAUAGUAUUAACACUUUGCCUGGUGUAUUGCUACUGAUUUUCACAACUUUCAUAGGCCUGGAAUAGACUGAAAUUACCAUUAUUGUUAACUUGAAGCAUUUAUCCAGCUGAGCUUGUUAGCAUCCUCCCUCUAGGCUGCUUCUCCAAUCGCACGCAGAAAAAAAAGCACUUUACUUCUGUAUAGUUCGCAUUUUUGAAUUGUUUUUACAGGUCAAUUUAUAAAAUGUCUUGGUUUUAUAUUUUGUAUUCCUUUUUGUAUUAUGUAUACAUAAAUCUGCUCUAUGGAUUUUAUUCUGAGACAAACACAUAUCGAUAUAUAUCUAUAUAAAAAUAUGUGAUAUGCAUGGUGUGAAAACCUGAUAUACCAGUAUAUGAAAAUUUGCUCUCUUGGCAAUAAUGUGUUAAAUGGUAUUAUUGUUUAUAUAGAGAUAUAUAGUAUAUAGAUGCAUAUGGAUAUAAUAAGAAAUUAUCAGCAUGUUUGAGGGAAGCAAUCAUCGUUGGACCAGGGCUGGUUAAUGCUGUUUACCACAGGCCCGUAGCCAUUCUUGAACAGUAAUAAUUCUCAAAGAAUAAGGCUGGUGAUGGUGUACAAUUUUAUUACAGUCAACUAAACCUUUUGAAGAGAACGAAAACAAUGACCUCUCCACUUCUGUUUAUGCUCCCUGUUUCAAGCCAAAGACUUUAAAAAAGGGGGGAAAAUUACGGCUAUCAUUUAAAAAAAAUGGGAAGCCAUAUAAUAUUCUUUAGUUUAAUUACUUAGAUAUAUGUUUUUGGGACUAUUUCCAAAUGUGGACUGGAUAAGGAUCAUGGGGUUGACCUAAAACCAAUCUGCAAACUCCCAUGUUACAUAAUGGAGCCUAUGUGGGGGUAAAAAAUUCUGCAGUUCUUUGAGUGUCCACCAGGGGAUAAUCCCAAAGUAAAAGAAACCCCAUUACAGCCUACAUUAAGAUGCGUAUAUUUACAUCAGAAUUUAACAUGUUUUUAUCCUGGUUUAAAAACAGUUUCAGUCUCUUUUUACUUCAAUUCUCGAUUGGCAACACUCCUGAGUGCCGUCUUUUAAAAACCACCAGUUAUACAAUAUAUGAGUCAUACAUUAUUACAAAUAUGGGGCUGAUUAAGCAAGUGGCUCAUACGACUGCCAGGUGGCAAAACAGGCAGCAUUUUCUCCUCUUUCCCAGUUUUAGCGUUCCCGAUAUGGCAACCCCCACCUCUAACUUUCAUUACCAUUCUAUAGAAGGAUGAAGCUGCUGUGAUGUUCAUGACACAGUCUGUGCUUCACUUCAAUGUCUAUUAUAAAAAAGAGCAUAUUGACCAGUUGAUGGUUUUCUCUUUGUCACAGAAUAAUAAUGUUUGGUGGCCUUUCAAGGCACAGUCAAUACUGUGAUGACUGUUUCUUUACUGAUUUGGAUCUUUUCAUUGGAUUUGUUGACAAGAUAAAAACUGUAGAUCAAUGCCAGGCUUAUUCUUUCAAAAUCGUGUUUGUUGAGGUAAAAUGAGAGAUCUAUUUACACUGCAGGGGAAUCUUUCAAACAGGCAUUGACUCAGACCACAGUAGACAAUAAAUCACAAGGCAAAGUGUACAUUUAUUCUAGUGCCUUUGUGAAAGUAUACUUUCUAUCCACGCUGUUUCAUUAAGCUCAGCUGGAAUCUUGCAGUAUGUCAAUAAAGGCAUCAGACAACUCAACUCAGCUGUUGUUGUGUGACUGCAGUAGCGCAAAAUCUAAGUACACACUAUAUCUGUGCAGCGCAGGGCAUAUACGCCUGUUAGUGUUACGGUUGUGUUAUGUGGGAUCUCGGCUGGAUCUCCUGACCUGAUGGCAGAGUGUAGGUCUCAGUAAGGUAAGGGUGUUCUGUAAAUCCAGCAUGUGAGGAGGGUCAGAGGAUAGUCGAGUCACUGUGGAGAAAAGUGCUCACUGUGUAAUCUUCCUGCUUUGUUUCACUGCUGUCAUCAAGUUUAACAUCUGGUCAUAAAGCCGUCAUCAUGUACCAUGCACAAGAAAGUCUUAUCUUCAGUUUUUACUGUGCUGGUUUUAUCCCUGAACUGCAUUUUUGCAUGCUGGUUAAUAUCUCCUCGAUACAGAUCUGAAUUUCAGCAUCAUGAUGGCUUUGUGAACUUAUCUCAUCAAUGUUCAACUCAUGUAUGUGGAAUGUUUUCCAAUAUCUGAUAUCCAAAGAAAACUUUCUUUGCAGAUUUUUCAUGCAUUUUGCCUUUAUCUGUGAUUAUUAUCAUGCUUGCUUUGGGGGGAUGUUUGGCUGAAACCUUGCUUUCCAAGUUGUAUUCACAUCACUGCCUUGAAUUUUUCUGUUGUUCAUCACAACCUCUGCCUUUGGCGGGAAACGCUUUUGUCAGACAACAUUUACCACUUCAUGUUUGGUUUCAGGGGGAAUUUGAACAGGGUAUCACUGCUUGAGCUUUAUUCCCCUGUUGCCUGAUGGAAACCAACUAAUCAUUCAUAGCUGCCGUUUUUUAGACAUGGAGCAAUUCAAAUUCAAAUUUGCCUCUUGUUCAGCAGGCACGGUUGUUAACUUGCACACAUUAAUGAAACUACUGAAUUUACAAAUUUGAAAAUUUAUGACUCAUUGACUGGAAAGAAAUUGAGUUUGAUUUGAAAGAAACUUAACCACUCACAGUUGAACUACGAGUAUUCUGCGGUAAAACAGAGGUGCUCCAUCUAAAAAAAAGUGAUCACUAAUCUCCUUGUUGCAUCUGUCACACCAUCUCACCUGUAACACCUGCAUGUUAUUUUCUCCUUCAGUGACAAUGAGGACCAUAAACCAUUAAAAGGGAGCCGCACGCCUUCUAAUGGGACAGUUAAGAGAGGCGACAGUGACGACAGUUUAGUUGACUACGGGGAAGGAGGAGACGGACAGUUCAACGAGGACGGCUCGUUUAUCGGACAGUAUAGUGGAAAGAGUGUCAGCAGGGACACCGCUGAGGGCCACGAGAGCUCAGAGGCCCCCUCCCCUAUAAACGCCAUGAACUCCUUGAACUCUUUUGUGUAGCCAGUCGGCCCUCUCAGACAUGAAUCACAACUGCUCGACCCUCGCAUCCCGACACUGCUUGGCUUUAUCCAACCCCCGAUGCAACACAUGACACAUAAGAUACACUCACCUCAUCAAAAGACUCUUUUUCUUUUUGAAACCUGUGUUCCUCACCGUUUGUGUACCAAGCAGCAUUCAGGAAGAAAGUAGGAAGUAGCUAAACCAGACAUUUGACUCAAACUGUGCAUGAAAUACCUGAUGUGACAUAAAUCCAUUUAUUGAUUAACAUUUUAAUAUUAACAAGUGUGGCAUUCUUACCACAGAUCUUACAUGGACUAUGCAGUGCUCAUCUGAACUCUAUUUGUUUUUGGUUAUUUUAUUAUCUACUAUGUUCAAAUAGUAAUCAUUGUCUACAGUAUAUGACAAUUACUCCAUGUGCUUCUUUCAAACACAGAGGCUUGUACAGAAAUCUGUAUUAACAAUGUAAUCCCUUCAUGUAUUUCAUGAGGCAGAUCAUGUGUAGUGUGUAAACAUAGAGAACAUCAGAAAACUGAUGUGAGGAGCAAAUCGCACAGCAUGAUUGACAUUGCCGCAUUGCUACAUCCUCAUCUGUCACCUCUCUGUUGAAUGAUCCAGCUGCACCUGUGAUGGAGGAAAACGCUGCAUGGCAUGUCACACAGCCUCCAUGACCUUUGCCCUGCAUGUAACCUCCUCUAAUUGAGUUUGACCCGAAGACCGCUAGUGAGGGCGCUCAGCUCGUCUCAGUCCCCCUCGGUGGGUCUUUGGAAGGUAGUGCCUUUUUGAAACAAUCCUGAAGUCUCUUUUCAUCAGAGUUCAGUGACUGGAACAGGUACGACGUCUCCUCCAAGGAUGGGGAAGAUAAGCUUAAGAAGAAGACUCUGUAAAGGGAGGAUAAUUCAUAUACUCCAGUCAUCUUAUUUUAAAAAAAUCCUCCCGAUGCCUUGAGACACAGGACUUGCAUUGUUUCCUUCAAGAAACUCAACACACACACACCCAGGAUCAGACUAAAGAAUUAUAAAAGUCAUUGUGUACAGUAUAUGAUUGUAUUACUGCAGUGUGUGGAUGAAUGGGCAUCUGUGAGUGUGUAGGUGUAUGCUUGUGUGUGAAUACUGUACAUUAUUCAGUUCCUAUUAUGUAAACAUUGUUCACUUGUACUAACCGCACUUGAGGGCCUUUUGGACGGGAUCAAGAUUUCUUUUUUUCUUAACUUGUAUCAAGUUUUUUUUUUUUUUAAAGAAGUAUAGAAAAUUUGUUGAAUUUGUAAAUACAUAAAUUGAUUGUACAGGGACAAGCAGCUUAUGCAGCAGCCUAAGAGGCAUUAUUGUGCAUGAUAUGGUUUAACCUGUUGAUAGGGCUGUAUUGAAUAUAGAGAACAUGUAGAGAAUAAAUAUAUAUAUCCAUUUUUUUCUUGCUGAGCACAGUGUACAUUGUACUGUAAGUAACUGGACAGAAAAUUGCAAACAGUGUAAAUCUGAGUUCUGAUUGUUGCCUGAUGUGCUUGUUAUUAACUUGCAUAAAGACAAAAUUAAUUCAUGCACAGAAUUAUAUUACUCUGAUUUUUAUUGGUUUUACAUGUUUCCAAUAUAUACUGCCAAAAUGAUGCUCUUUUCUGACAGUAUUGCAGUUGAUUUUGUAUUUAAGAAACAUAUUUGUACUAACAGAUUCUUUCUUUGUCUCUAUUUAAGUUUCUCCUUUUAGUGCAAGUACAGAAUUCAAGCUUCUUGAAAUAUAAUUAAUGAAUAAAUAAUUAUCUGCUUUCA